ACUGUCAUCUCAGCGGGUCAAUGGCCGGUUCUUUUCCUCCGGCCCGCCACCCGAACGGAGAGGGGCGGGCUGCAGCAAGAGGAACCUUUUCGGCCCGCGAGGAGGAACCGCCAAGCAGCCCGAGGGGAAGCGGGCGGCCACUGCGGUGGCAGCUGUGGCGGAGGCUAGAGCGAGAGCAAAGCUGGAGAAGCUGCAGCCUGGCUGGGCGGGUAGGCGGCGCUUGGGUCCCCCAGGCCUGGCGCGGGUUGGCAGGGGUGAGGGAGCGGAGGCGGGGCGAGAGGCGAGCUGGGAGGGACGCCAGCCUGCGCUGGGUUCGGGCUGCCUGGCUGGCUGGGGCUGAGGCGAAGGAAGCAGCGCGGCGGCGAGCGAGGGCUGCUGUGGUAGCGGCGGCGAAGCAGCAGCAGCAGCAGGCGCAGACGGAGGCUUGGCGCGCUCGGCUUCUCUCCCUUCGCUGCAGGGCGCGCGGCUGGGGCCCGGGCGGGUGCGUGACAGCCGAAGGUGAGAGCCUUUCCUCCCGCGUCGCCGUCCCCUCGCCGCCGCCCGCCCGCCUCCCUUCCCUGCCUCGCUGCUGCCGGCCUAGCGAGCGUGCGGAGGGGAGUCCGGCGGCGGCGGCGGCGGGGCCGGGACGCCGCUUGGCCGCGCGCUGCAGACAUCCUGUUCGGCGGCGCGAGGCCUCCUGCCGCCUGAAGGGGGGCUUCGCUGUCUCUCUCUCUUGCGCGCGGCUCCUGCUUCUUCCCCUCCUGGUGACAGGCAGGCAGGCAGGCAGGCAGGCAGGCAGGCAAGCAGGCAAGCAAGCAAAGCCUUGCAUUGCAUUCAUUUCCCGUCUCCCCUGCCCGGCUGGCUUGGCUGGAGGAAGUUGAACUGGAGCAGAGCGGCGUCCUUGCAGCAGCGGGACCCGAUCCCCGCGCCAGCUGGUAUGCUUGCGAAGGAGAAAAAAAUGCUUUCUCUGGGAAAGGGCGCUCAGGAUUGCAGGAGGCAGCCCCGCUCCUCAGCCCCAGACCAGCCUAGGUGCCCUCCACUCUCAAGGUCUGGGAAGGGAGGAAUUGCCGGGUGAAAUAUUUCGUAUUCCCUGCCUCGCCUCCCCCUUUUUUGGGGGCUGGUGGCGGCCGACAGAGUUAAAGCUCCGCUGAACUGCAUGCAUCGCGGUUAGGCGAAUUCUCAAUCGGCUACAGGUCGUUUGAAAAACCCGGAAGGACUAAACCCUCUCGCUGACUUUAUAUUUCAAAAUCUGAACACGUUUCCUUUUUCUUUCUUUUUCUGCCCCCCCCCCCCCCGGUGCUUUUUAUGGACUUUGCACAGCGGCUGUGCUGCGUGAGGAAGUCCACACUGCUGGCUUAUGUGGGGAAGCGAAUCAAAAGAGUGCAUGGCACUUCUUGGUCUAGACAGUGUGCAAUGGCAAGAGCGGAGCACAAGGUGCUAGACUUGGUUGAUGCUAAAUAAAGCUGGCUAAAUAUUGACACUAAAAUCUCAUUCUCUGGAUAAGUGAGCAAUCCACGGAAGUUAAUCUGGAAAACUGCUUCACACCAUUUUCCUGAUAGGAAUUUUAGUCAUGUAUCAGAAGGCAACCCCCCCCCCCCACUCCUGUAAUGUAUUCAUAUUAUAAGUACCGAAUUUGCAUAAUGUAGUUCAACAUAACUUUGCUCUUUUCUACAUGUAUUGUCUUUACUAUUUUGAAAAACUUUAAUUUCUCUUAUAAAUAAAUAAGCAAACUCUUACUACCCUAUCCGGACUACACAGGGAGACUUACUGGUUUUAAUUAGAUGCAAUGUGAAGCAGAGAUGCAAUUUGUUGAAUUCAUAGCCCAGAUAUUAUAUGAAGCUUGUGUUGCCAAAGCUGCAUUUCAGUGAAGUGUAAUGAGCUGUUAAGCGAACUUCUUGUGCUAUCGAGAGUGCUGCAUUGUGUUUGCUUUGGGAUUUACUGGUGGCAUUUUAGAAAAAUAGCUCUUAUUAGUGUAUUGUGUCUUUCCUGGAAAUGGAAAGUGUCUGGUUCUGGAGGAACAAAUGGCUGGUUGAAGGAUUUGAGUUCAGGAAGCGGAGAGGAAAGUCUUGUGUUUUCUGCUGCCAAAUCCUUGCCUCUAAGCAUUGGAUUAAAACGUGCCCACACUGAAAAUAGAGGGUAUAAGAUGCAUAGAACCAUUUGAAUAGGCAGAGAAAUUUAUUGCUGUUCAGAUGACAAGUGCAAAUGGAAUUAAGCAAGGUGUUGCAUUUUCACAUGAUGUGUGUUGCUGGGUUAUAUUUUUAUUACCGUAAUUCAUCAACAGAAAAAAUCCAGUGUGUGGUACCCAUAAUGUAAAAAAUGAAGACACUGGGUUGUAGCCAACAUAAUCUCUACUCAGAGUAGACCCAUUGAAAUUAAUAAACUUGACUAACUUAUUUAUUAAUUUCAAUAGGUCUACUGUGCGUAGAACUUAGUUGGAUACAGACCAAUUAAUUGAAUGUAUAAGGGAGCAAAAAACAAAACAAAAAACCAACACCCUAGUAAAAUCUCUGUGGUGCCGACAGGAGGAGCUAUUAUAACUUAAGGCUAUGACACUCACAGGUGCAAUCCUGUGCCUGUCUACUCGGUAGCAAGUUCUGUUGAGUUCAUUGAAACUUACUUCUAUUUCAGUAAGUACACAGUUGUAGUCUUAAUGUGAAGCUUUUUGAGGAAUGAAUGCAAAGUCUAGAAAUUUGUAUAGUAGAACAGAUCCUUUGCAAGUGUAAGGUACCAGUUUGUUAAAUAAUUUUGGCCAGAAGAGCUGGGAAUGACUUCUACAGUCAGAGUACAGUGGUACCUCAGGUUACAUACGCUUCAGGUUACAUACGCUUCAGGUUACAGACUCCGCUAACCCAGAAAUAGUGCUUCAGGUUAAGAACUUUGCUUCAGGAUGAGAACAGAAAUUGUGCUCUGGCGGCGCGGCGGCAGCAAGAGACCCCAUUAGCUAAAGUGGUGCUUCAGGUUAAGAACAGUUUCAGGUUAAGAACAGACCUCCAGAACGAAUUAAGUACUUAACCCGAGGUACCACUGUAUACUGUUCUGAGGUAGAGGGACUGCUAUAAAGAAAGAAUCCCAUUACUCCUCAGGAUUAAAACCUGUAAGCUACAGAAGGAUAAAAUCUGGACCACAUAAAUUUAAUGGGCAUUCUGCUUCUUGAUCAGGCAAAUCCAAUUCCACUUUAUUUAAAAGAUCAUAAUAAUAUUUGCAUAUAGUACUUGGAUUGUCCUGCAAUGCUGUAAUUACUUAUAAGGGAGUAAGCCCCAUUGCACUUCAUGGAAUUUACUUCUGAAUAGAUGUGCAGAGAAUUGCAUUCUAACUUCUUUAAAAGCUCCUAUAAUUAGUACAGGACUGUUUACAAUAAUGGCUGGAGACAGUGUUUUAAUUUUGUUUAAAAUGUGAUUGGCUUGUGGAACACAUUAAUAGCACAAAGAAUAAAUGUAACAAGUAAAUAGUUCUUUUAAAAAGUUAUUGCUUAAUGUGUAAGGUCAUAAAGAUGUCUUAGGCAGAGCAAAUAGCUCUUCAGCGCAACUUCAGAAGCAGAAAACUCAUACUAAAAUGUCUUGGUCAAGGAAACAGUUGAGGCUAUCCUGAAAGAUUCUUUGCUGUUCUCAAACUGACUGCAAACCAGAGACUGAUCUGUACCAUCUCACUUGCUGGUAUAAAUACUGCAGUAUUUCUGUACAGUGGUACCUCGGGUUACAUACGCUUCAGGUUACAUACGCUUCAGGUUACAGACUCCACUAACCCAGAAAUAUUACCUCGGGUUAAGAACUUUGCUUCAGGAUGAGAACAGAAAUCGUGUAGCUGCGGUGCAGCGGCAGCAGGAGGCCCCAUUAGCUAAAGUGGUGCUUCAGGUUAAGAACACUUUCAGGUUAAGAACGGACCUCCUGAAUGAAUUAAGUACUUAACCCGAGGUACCACUGUAUUAUGGAAGUAUUGGAGCACGGCAGCUGUGUUGGUAAGAUCCAUCAGUUUGCUGUCUUGGAGAGUAGGCUUAACAGCUAGAGGUUUGCUGGGCAAGACCAUGCUUGGCCCCGAUUUCCAAUACAGAUUUGUACUGGCUGAUAACAAAAAGGCAAAAUGAAACUGCUGCAUUUGGGGAAUACAGUACAUGGGUAUAGAGGAGUUCAGCACUUAACAAAGCGACUUGGGACAUUUGCUUCCCAUGUGAUGCAUUGUCAACCCUGAGGUUCAAGGGGGUUGUUGCCGUAUUGUAUCUACAGUGCAACCCUCCCUUUUCAGAUUUAACUGAAAGUUUGUUGGGGUGGGUGGAGGGGCUGUGCUAUCUAUCUCUACUGGUGGGGAGGGGGGAAAUAGGUCAAACUUGACAUAUUUUACAGUGUUUAGAGAAGAACUCUAAUUGGCAGUGUGCCAAAAUGGUUGUGUCAACGAGAACAAAGUGAGUAGGCCUUCUCACACACUUGUGCACUUGUGGAGCUGAAACUAUUUCUUAGCGUGAUAAUAAAUAUUUCAAAGCAUUUGAGAUAUUUGGAGAAGUGUUAAUUUUCUGGCACAGGUUGUGUAUAUAUUUAGUUGAGUGUUGGCGAUGUUCCAGACUCUCAAGUCAAGGUGUGUUUAAGUGGACUUGCUUGUUUGUUGCAAGAAUUAAUGAUGAAAACAAUGUACACAGAAAUCACUGUAGAACAAUUUAAUUAAUACUUACGGUGCAUUCCCCCUUGUUUCCAGUUCCAGAUGUGUUCCUAGGCAUAGGUGUGAAAGUUCUAGAGUUAUUAGUAGACUUUCAUAGCCAAUGCCGAAGUGUUCAGUUCCUUAGUGGGGGCAUGUUGAGGCACAUAACCUUACCUCCCCGCCACUAUACUCCAAGAGUCUAAAUCCAAUGUAAGAUGUUUGGCUAGCUUCCACCAGUACAUAAGAGCCCUGCAGGAUCAGAUCAAAGGCUUAUCUAGUCCAGCAUUCUAGGCGAGCCUGAUGCUUGGGCAAUAGCACAAUCCCAUAGGUGCAGUGGCAAUGCUGUGCAAAAUUCUGCAUGCUGUAUCUAUAGAAAGUGGUUUUCUUUUCUAUUAGAGGCUGUUUACUGAGUGUAAUCAGUAAAUAUAUUUACUGAUAUGCAUAAUUUUUCCUUACUAAGAGGUUUACCCCUGAGUUUUGUUGGUGGGCUUUGUUAGAUGGAUUUGCAUUUGUCAAGCGACUUGGAGGCUCCACCUUCUCUGGAGGACCGAGGGAACCAGAUGCAACAUCCUGUUGUCGUGCAUGCGAUUUUGCACGACAUCAGGAUGCUGUGCAAGAUCGGGGGGGGGCACAGUGCCUCAGCCCCCAGGAGCUGGCACCCUUGUAGCAUAUCAAUUCUUUCAAUGCAUCAUUUCCCCUUCUUGCAGAUACCAGAGAGUGGAGAAAAUUAGCAUAUAGUGAUACUGCAUGUUCAUUCGUGGGUUCCUAAGUACAGCAGAAAGGCUGGAGUACUGUGGGAGAAGAGCUUAUGUAGAGACGCUACAUGGUGCCUUUGGAUGGUUGAUAACUUGUGGCAUCUUCAGAAUCAAAGGGGCAGCUUUGCAGCGAGGAGUGUAACAGAAUGACAGAAGAGGUGGGGGGGAGAUAGGCACUUGUAACAGAGCUUACUGGCUCUCAAAUGUAAUUCUUAUUUAAUCAAAGCAGUCAGUAUACCCAACUAACGUAACCAAAGUAGGAGUUUGGGAAGGGACUGUUACUUGCAGGAGGUCUGUUUCUCCUCUUUUCUUUCCAAUAGUUUCACCUUUUAAGUACAUUGAUAGAUGGCGACUUGUGCAGAGCUGUUUCUUGACGUUGUGUAUAUGCACAGGAAUACUCUUUUACACUUGGCUUACAGUCACACAGCCAAAUGACAACAUGCAUGAAAAUAAUUCUGUUGACGGAUGAUGAUUGGUUGUCCUUAUUGAUUAGUGUUCACCAACAUUUCCUCAGUGCAUUGAAGAUGUAAGGGAUCAAAAGGCACUUCCCCCCUUAUAUUAUGAAGCGUGGCUCAUGGAAGAGUAAACAUGGUGUAAAAUCCCAUGUUUUUAAGAUCAUGAGAACCAAAGGACCUGUUAUCAUUACUUCCAAUAUAUUUGCCAGUCAUCAGUAGACAGAGAUAUGGCACUUUGUGCUCCAUUUUUCUUCAUUCAUACAUAACUGCACAUUGCAGGUCUAGAUAUAGAAAAAGAUGAUAACUUUUAGUAAACAUUUACAUCCGUUAGUAACCAUCGCUUAUAUUGAGAAAUAUUUCCCCAUAUUUUAUCGUCUAAUGCUACUGAAUCUGUGUCAUUGCUAUUACUUGUGAAGCCAUCUGUGCUACAAGUUUCUUCACGUAAUUCCUCUUCUUCCUGUGAACUCACUAAUACAGUCAUCAGGUAUCUGUCAUCAUUAAUCAUUCAACCAGUGUUAUUAAUGGUUAACAGUGGUACCAUCACUAUUUUGGAUCUCAGUAUCUUGAGCUUCAAUAUUUUGUUUGUGUGAGAUUCUAUUUUGUUUCUAAUUUUUCCACAUUUCUAUGGUGGCCCUAUUUUCACAGAAGAGUAAGCCAUGGUCAAUAACAAACCAUGGCAUACCACAAAUCAUGCUCGUCACACUCCUUCCUUUACUGAGCUGGGUGGGAACAAAGCAGAGUGCUGUCUGAAUGUUACAUGUGAACCAGCACUCAUGCUUUCCUUGUCUUCAGACGAGCCAUGAGCAGAAGCCAAGGUUUGUUUUUGUGGCUUGUUUGGAGAGAAUCAAAUGGAAGCCCUGGUUCACAUUUAUUUUCUCUGUGCUAAGCAAAGGGAGCAACAGAGUAGAUGCAAUAUGAGCAGUCAUGGUAAACCAUAGUUUACCAUGAUGUGUGAACCCAGGCCAGGUCCUAAGAACAAAUUCAGGAGACAUAUUAGAAAAGCUCUUUGGUUUCCAACACCCAGAAACUUGAGGACCAUGUAGGACAGGGGCAGGGGACCUUUUCUGGCUGGUGGACCAGAUCCAAACCUCCACCAUCCUCUGCAGGUCACCGUGACCAGGUGUGGGAGGUAAUCACUUGUCCCAUUGUGACAUCAGGCGAAAACUUCAAAGGUGCUUGCUAAAAGCAUGCUGCAGAUGAAGAAUGUCUAUUUGCAGCUGUUGUUUGAAUCCAAACAUCCAAUUUUAUUUUCAUUUAUUUAUUAUAUUUAUAUAUUGCCUUUAUCUUCCGAGGAUAUCAAGGUGGUGUACAGUGGAUGCUCGGGUUGCGAAUGUGAUCCAUGUGGGAAGAACGUUUGCAACCCGCAUUGUUCGCAACCCGCAGCACCAUGUCUGCGCACGGGUCACGAUUCGGUACUUCUGUGCAUGCACAAAGCGCAAUAUAGCGCUUUUGCAUAUGCGCAAGCGCCGGAAGUAACCUGUUCUGGUACUUUUGGGUUUGGCACAGUGCGCAACCCGAAAUCGCGCAACCCGAAGUGUCUGUAACCCGAGGUAUGGCUGUACAUGGUUCUCCUCCCCAAUUCAUCCUCGCAACAACCCAUGGGUUAGGCUAAGAGAUGGUGACUGGCCCAAGAUCACCCAGUGAGCUUCAUGGCUGAGUGGGAAUUUGAACCACACUUAGCUCAAAUGGACGAAGCAGGGCUCAGUUUCAGUUCCCAUCAGCUGAUGGGCACUGAAAAUGAGCCCCCCCUUAGUGCAGCUGAUCCCAGUGUGGCUCAGAUGCAUGAAGGCACAGUAUGUCACAGCACAGAACAUGUAUACUGCCUUUGGUGCAGAAGACAAAACUGUCUCCUUAACUCAUAAUUUUCAUGCUUUUUGAUGCAUGAAUGACUUUGUAAGAACCUUAACUCUACUGAAGGAGUUUGAUCCUAGAAUUAUUAGGUCAGGUGUAAAUGGUUUCUGUGACUUUGAAAAUGUAGGAUUGGGUACCACAUCUAUUCUACUAUGAGCCAUAGUUCAUGAAAUACAGAUUUUCAAAAAUUGUGUUAUGUGAUCCUACUGCAACUGGGAUAGAGCGGGGUUUUUUUCCAGAGAAUUUCUUUGGCAGAAUUAAUCCAUCAGUUGGAAUUUUCACAUAACCGUUAUUCAUUAUACUUUGCAGCAAAUGGCAGAGUGGCAGUAUAAAAAAAAUAUUAUCCUGUAAAUAGUCUCACCUGCUAGAAUUACAUAGCCCCCUGAAGACAUUUUAUUCUUUGCUUUAAAAGGUUUUCACUGUUUAAGUGAAUGCUUUCACUUGUUGGUACAGCAAUGCAGCAAUUAGAUUAUGAUUUGAAUUUAGCUUUUUCUAUAGCUGUAGAAUGAAUAACAGGUGAAAUAAUAAAAACUUUAUAAGGCACCUACUGUUCUGGAUUUCUGUAAGCUAGUGUUUAGUGUGUAUAUUUAUAGUAUUUUACAGCAGUGUAUUGCUUUUUUAACUUCGUAAUCACACCAACAUGAUUUAAAUGUUCAAGCCUCGUCUUUUGCUCCAGGUCUAAUUUAAGUAUUUACCACUUCCCCCAGCCUGACAAAAUACUUCUCCUUAGGUGGUCUAGCUUCAGUACAGUUACAUAAAGCUGUGGGAAAUCACAUCAAAAUAUGAAAGGAGUAAGUUAAAGUCUUCAUAGAAAAAGUGUAACCUUGCUGUUAAAUGUAUAGUUUCUGAGGAAAUAAAAAAUGGAGGCACGUGAUUCCAUGCAUAAAAUCAAUUUGUGUUCGAGCAAUGCUUCUUCUCAAAAGAACCACCCCAAAGCAAGAAGGCAUGAUCGGGAGGAUGGCAUGGGUUAAACCCACCCUAGUUUAAUUCACUCUUUCUCAUGCUUGCCCUCAGCAUUGGAGAAGGUAGACGAGUAGGGAGAAGAGCACUGAUCCCCUAAGAGUAUAGCAGAUUUUAAAGAUAAGAGCCCUAGAGCACUUUUCCUGCCUUCUCCUGUCUUAGAACUUAAGCUCCUCUGUCCAUACUCAGUCGCUAGAUUCUUCCAUGAUGGAUAUUUGUUGAAGGAUGGUUUGCGCCACAAACUAGGCCUAAAAUGAAAGACCUGUGCUCCUUCACGCUCUUCCCCUUAUCGUCACUUUUAACUGUUUGCCCCUGUUUCUAUCUUUUUAAGCAUGUAUGAUACAAAGGUAAAGGGACCCCUGACCAUUAGGUCCACUCGUGACCAACUCGGGGGUUGUGGUGCUCAUCUCGCUUUAUUGGCUGAGGGAGCUGGCGUACAGCUUCCGGGUCAUGUGGCCAGCAUGACUAAGCCGCUUCUGGCGAACCAGAGCAGCCCACGGAAACGCUGUUUACCUUCCCGCUGGAGCGGUACCUAUUUAUCUACUUGCACUUUGACGCGCUAUCGAACUGCUAGGUUGGCAGGAGCAGGGACCGAGCAACAGGAGCUCACCCCAUCGCGGGGAUUCGAACCGCCGACCUUCUGAUCAGCAAGUCCUAGGCUCUGUGGUUUAACCCACAGCGCCACCCGCAUCCAUGUAUGAUAUAAUCACCUUUUAAUUGCUAAUCAUUAUCCCAUACCUGUUUUAAGUCUUAUGUGUUCAGUUUAUCCGUAUGUUUUAUCUUAUACUGGUCUGUGACCGAAAUAAAGUUUGAUACUGAUAUUUAAGCUCCUCUGUAAAAAAUAUGUGUAUGAAAUAGGGCUUCAGUAAUUUGCGAGGGGUGGGGUGGAAGUGCACCAAACAGAGAGCAGGGGUGACUUGGCCAUUAAGGAUGAGCACUUAUUAGGGGGACUUCCCAUAGAAUCAUAGAGUUGGAAGGGACCCCGAGGAUCAUCUAGUCCAACCCCCUGCAAUGCAGGAAUAUGCAGCUGUCCCAUAUGGGAAUAGAACCUGCAACCUUGGCAUUAUCAACACCAUUCUCCAACCAACUGAACUAUCCAUUCUAGCAACCCCUGGACUGGAAUGCGGAAGCAUUGUUCACCUGGUUUCCCAAUGCAGAGGUCACUGCUGGUAACUGAGAGAGGCGAGAUGGUGGGGAGGGUGGCAUGGUGUGGGGGCUGUCAGCCUGAGGCCCCCACCUCUCUGCCCACAUCAUACUUAUUUCCACAACAGCGUGCCCCUCUCAGUUACUGGCAGUGACCUCCUCAGUGAGAAGCCAGGCAAGCAAUGUUGCCCCACCUUGCUCUGUCCUGCCAGACUGGACUUGAUUUCCAAUGUAGAGGCAGUACUACAAGAAGUAGCGCACUGGAAACUAGUUUUCAGUACGUGCACUGAAGCUGUUAGUGCUCACCUACUAUCUAUAUUACGAAAAGAGGGGUGUUCGUGUAGGAGCUUCCCCUUGGAGCCAAAUAGAUUCUUUUCUGGGUUGGCGUACCUCCUUGGAGUUCUAGUUUGAAGUCCGUUUUGUCAGGUCUUCCAUUUUAAUUUUUGUUCUGUGCCAGCACACUUGUUUCUGAAACAUUUCCCACUAGAACCUGAGCUUACCGUAGUUAGAGCCUUCAAUGAGAAUGGGAGUAAUUACGUUAAUUUCAUGUUUGAAUUUUUUUCUUCCUCCGUAGGUGAAGUAUGUGUGCAGAACUCCACCGCAAAAAGUUUAAGAAAAGUGAACAUUUUCCAGCAAGUACAUCAGGAGGAGGUGCAGCAAGGAGUAAUUUUCAGCCCACCUUGAAAAAUUGUGCCCAUAAGUGCCAAGCUGACCUGAAAAGGAACUAGCUGGGAGUCUAUACAUAGAUAAAAGUCCACUCUUCUGAAAUUUCACUGAUUAAAUGUAAAAGACGCACAUACGGCCUCAGCUGUACAGCCACAGAUUCUGGUGCUUCUUAUGUGUUUGUGUUGCAGUCCUUCUAACUGACACGUUACUUCCCCUGUUUAUAACUUCUUUCGCUGUAUAUACAAUAAAACCGAGUAGCACUGUGUUGCUGUUAUUCGCUAAAAUAAUUGAAUGUUAAGACCUUUGCCAAAAUGAGUGCAGAAGGAUACCAGUACAGAGCUUUAUAUGAUUACAAAAAAGAACGAGAGGAAGACAUUGACUUGCACCUGGGAGAUAUUUUAACUGUGAAUAAAGGUACUUUAGUGGCCCUUGGAUUCAAUGACGGGGAAGAAGAGAAACCUGAGGAAAUCGGUUGGCUGAAUGGUUAUAACGAAACUACUGGAGAAAGGGGGGACUUCCCAGGAACUUACGUAGAAUAUAUCGGAAGAAAAAAGAUUUGUCCCCCAACUCCAAAGCCUCGUCCUGUUCGACCUCUUCCUGUGGCACCAAGUCCAGCAAGAGUAGGAACAGACAAUGAUCAACCAGGUUAGUAACGACUCUCCCCCACCCCUAAUCAUUGUGGUUCAAUGUCCAAACCUUUAUUCUAUGGAAUAUUAAGUGAAUACUGCAAACGGUAAGUCAUUGAAAUUGGUCAGAACACUGGUAGCUUUAUUUUAUUAUUAUUCGUAUUUUUCUAAACCAUGUUCACUUUGUAACAACUGCAUUUUCCUAUUUGGGCUAGAAAAGAGUUCGUGCUUUCCUUGCAUUUUGAUUGCCCUUGUGCAGCAUGACCAUAAAAUAGCAAAAACCAUAAUGGUUUUGGGAAGUACUUCAGCAUACUUGCCUUCAGACUGUGUUCCAGAGAACCUGUGGUACUUCAGUAAGAAUGUUGGUAACGGCAAACGAGUUUUCUUUAAAGAUACAUUUUCCAUUACUACCGAAUUUCCUCUGUAAAAUUUUACCCUUUUGAGUCUCAGGGCAUGUUGUCAAGUCAGCUAGGGUGAGAUCUGGCUAGUACUCUUCAGUGCUGUGCUCUUGAAAAUCUACAGAAUCCUCUGCAAAAAGUAGGGGUUCUCUUCAAGACAAGUGUGGAAGGAGUGUCCUAAAUGUAACCCCCCCCCCAAAAAAAACCUGUUGCUCUAACACAUAGGACAGGGAAAUUCUAAGGUAAUAAACAUUUCAGUUUAGAGCAGCUGUCACCAACAUGGUGCCCUCCAGAUACUGAACUAUAGUUCCCAUCACCCAAGAUUAUUGGCUGCACUGCCUGAGGCUGAUGAGAGUCUGGCAAUAUGUAUGAUCUGCAUACAUGAAUUAUAACUUUUUCAAUAACACCUGGGUAGUAGUAACCACACAUAUCACUGAAACUAUUACUCGCGGCUAUAAAUGGAAAUGAAAUAUCACUGCUACUGUUAGGUUGUAGUCAUGUGCCAGUUCUGCUAAUAUAGCUUAAUAUUUAAGAAAACGUACACUAACUUUAUUCAGAUAAAUACAUGGUUUUUAAAUGUAAUAGGGGCCAGCCCUGCCAUCAUGCAGAAUGAGGCAACUGUCUCAGGUGGCAGAUGCUGCUGCAGCGGCCCAUGGCUGCUCCUCCAGAUUCCUCCAGUCCUUCCACUGCCCCCUCCCAAAUGUGGCCUGCUGCCUCAGAUGCAGUGAACAAUGCCAUCUUACCACUAGUGUUAAUGUAAGCUUCAACUGCUGGCCCAGCUGGUUUUUGCUUGAGGGAAACACCAUUUUGUCCUUUGCUUCAUACAGCAAAAUGCCUUGGUCUGGGCCUAAAUGUAUUUUUGCUGUCCUCUGAGGCAUACUGGUAUUGAAAGCCAGGCCAAUCAACUUUUUUUGUAAGAAAUAUAUACAUGUAAGAGAAGGAGGUUGGGAAGGAGAUGGUUUUCACAAAUUCUUUCACCUCCCCACAGUCUAUUUGCUCCAGAGAGUUGGGAGGACCCUCUGGAACAGCAUGGGUGAUGGUUUGGUGCUUGCAGGGGGCACGGGAAUCCCUGGAAAUUGCCUCGCUCUCAUCUUCUCCUGAUGGAAGGUUCCAAUGGAUCAGAGAGUCUUCCAUCAUUAGAGAGAUGCCACUUGGAUGCAACACUUAGUCUUGGUGACUUCUAGUUCUUCGUGUUCUCUCUUCAAGCUCUCCUGUGUGUGUGACAACAGAAGUAACAUACUAGGAAAUCAUUUUUGUUACUUUAAAUGAAUUCAUGUAACGGGAAUCUUUAUCGUUUUGUUUGUUGAGUAACAGCGUUUGUCAUCUUCACCUUUCAUGGACCCCUGAAUCCCGCCUGCCCACCAAAAUCCCAAAGUAGUACAGAAUGGUAAAAUGUUAAAGCUUGAUUCAGAAAAGUAGUUGCUGAUGGGAAGGUGGCAAAGUGGAGUGGAAUUGAAUUGCAAGAGGUGGCUCUGGCUACAUGUAUCUGUGUAUAUCCAUCUCCUUUGACGUUGCCUGGGGAGCAGGAUGUGCAUAAAUGAAUUUCCCUCUGAGGUUCUGUUGUGCCCACAAAGUAGAAGAGAAAGUGGAAACAUGUAACAUGGUAUUAUCUGCUGUCUUUCUUACACAUGGCAAAUGUAAGCACCUUGCAUGUUUAAUAGAGCUGCUUUAGAACAACAGAAGGAAUAAUUCACAACUGUGUCAGUGUUCCACAAAGUAGUGACAAUACACUACACUACAGCUUUAUGUUGAAAACAUAAUCUCCCCUUACAUAUUACAUAUUAAGAAAUGCCUUUGGAUCCUAUGGUGUAGGGGAAAAUAUUUGUUGCUUAAAUACCAGCACUGGUGCCUUCCCUCUUCUGGAGUCACAGUGUAAAUUAUUAAAAGUGGAAAUUCUGUUCCCAGGAUAAUGAAAUGGUUAAUCUUUUAUAUAGUCCAGAUGAAUGUGGGCAGCAAACCAACAGGAACCUUCCCAGGAUAAUAAACCAUUGUUCUGCACAUUAGAGUGCAUUUUGACUAUAAGGAGACUUGAUGUAAAGCUUGCUUGACUGUAUUUGGUCAAGUUCAUAUUUUCCAGGCUUAAUUUUUUCAUACUGCUCCAUCAGUAGGAGAGGGAGCACAUGAGGAGUGAUGUUUCUUACUGUACUACUUGGAGUCAAAUUGAAAAUGAAAACAUAGUUGUAUGGUUUACAGAUUAGGCCUCUGUUGUGGUUUCUCACUGAUAUAUUCACCAUGGUACCUUCCCCCCAAACUAUUUUUAACAUGUGUUCCCAUAAACAAAACAAGCUUUAUUUGGGGUUUCUGCUUUUGUUUAUCAGACUUGGUAACUUGAUACUUGGAACACUUCUCUUUCCUUAAUCAGACAAGUGUUUUGUCUUUGUGAGCAUACAUAUCUUGAAAUCAACAGAUGUGAUUGAAAUUUGUGCACUGUGUUUGAGGAAGGCUGAGCUUUAAUUAGCUAACAGAAAUGUUUUCUUUUUCAAAUUUAAUUUUCUAUACGAACCUAGGAUUUAAAAUAUAUAAUGCUAACAAAAGCAAUUUAAUGUAUAACAUAACAUAGACAACAUAACAUAGAAACUCUUAAGGGGUUAUGGAAGACAAAUAAUACCGGUAAUUGUUUUCAAUAGUUUUGUCUCAGCGUUUUGCAGUUAAAGUAACAGUUUUGUAGCACCCUAAUGACUUAACAAAUUAGUAACUGGCUUACCCAUUCCAGGAUCUUUGUUAUCUUCAGCACUGUUUUGCUUUGUGAAUGGUUCUACAUACGGGUACAUUUAAGCUUUUAACAUAAGUAUCAGUCUGCACUUUGCCCUUCAUGUUCCUUUGCUUACAAUCCUUUCCCUUUGCAUGUAUAUAGCAAUUUAGGAUAACAUUUCGCCCAUCUGAUGAAGUGGACCUUGCUUACCAAAAGCAUGUGACAUAAGAAAUACAUUAAUCUUUCAGAUGCCACAAAACACUUUUUUAUAUAUCAUAACAGUGGUUAGCCUUACUGCAGAAAAAUUUAAUUCCUCUUUCUAACCCCCCGUUAUUAAAAUAAAAAUUAGAUAUUGGCAAUUCCAGUGAUUAUCUGAGGGUAGGACCUCUGUGUACUCAUGUAAGUAUAUCUUGACAGUAAGGGCCAAUUUAACAUUAUCUUAAUGAUGGGUGCUACUGCUUCCCCAUGUUUAGAACUCUUUCUGUUAUUGUCAUAUCUAGAAAGAGGAAUUAUGUGAUAUGGGGAAACCAUGUGGUUAUGUCAAACACCAGUAUCAUUUCUUCCAGGGAUGCUGGUCUUGGAAGAAACCACAUUACUCGCCCACAUGGGGUGGUUUCUCUUUUCAGAUUGGAGCCAUAAGGAAUUUAGCCAACAGGAACCGGCUGUCACACUGCUCUGGUAACCAAAUAGCCAUAACUUAUGGGUGAAAUUCAGGAACAUUCCCUUGAAAUUUUGUAGACAGUGCUGUUUAUACUUGGUCAUUACUGGGGGGGGGGAGAGAAUUGGGGUGAUUGGAGAAGUAUGGAUGGUCUUCAACUAAGUUUUGCUCAGAGGAGGCCCUUUGAAAUUAAUGGACCUAACUUAAUCCUGUUGGUUUCAAUGCAUCCAUUCUGAGCAAAUUUUUGUUGAAUACCUCCCAAAGUAUGUUUCCCUUUCCAGUAUGCCCCCCCCACCCCCCGGUUUAUUCUACUCCACUAACAUUUGUGUGAGUAUCAGUGCUGGUAUAAUCAUAUGGUUGCAAGAUGGAGGGCACUUCUAUUACUCCUCUUGCCAAAAUAAUAAUAAUCUGUAUAACCUUUAAGACGUUUAUUGGUUAUUCUUUGCGUUUACACACACACACACACACACACACACACACAAUCACUUUUGGGUAUGCUGGUUGCCCUACCAAUUAAUAUUAGAAAUAUAUUUUCAAAGGUAAAAAGUUUCCAAAAUAACCUUGCGGGGGGGGGGGGGAGAGACAUAGCUGUGAAGUUGAGGACAUAUCUUUGUGAGUUUCACCUCUCCAUUUGACAACAUUCGACAAAGCUGAACAGCAUGGUAUUUAUGUAUAUUCUGUCUUUUGUUGGGAAUUGCACAGAGAGGGAAAUGCAAUUAUGAGCACCCUGCAGAAUAAUUCAGAUAAUCCCUAGGGACAUCUUCCUCAAGGGAGAGAAGCUACUUGUACAAAUAAACAAUAUCAGGAGUCUUUACUGAUAGUAAAAUAUUGAAAAUUGACAGUUCAACGCUGUGAAACAGCAUCCUAUUCUACAGCCUAUUUGUGUUUCUUUUAAGAGGCAUUGCAAUCUGCUGGUCUGAUUCCCCAGCAAAGCAAGUGGGGUUGGUUGUUUACUCCUGAAAUAAAGCUUCUGAAAAGAUAAGUGACAAUAUCUCAUCUUGGAAAAAUCUCUACUGCUGUUUUCCAGACCCAGAAAUAAGAUGUUUCAAAAGUUUAUUGCAUUAUUUACAAAGAUGUGAAAUAAUAUAUAAAGUCUCUUCAAUAUUUGUACAGAUACUUCUGUGGGAGGCAGUUGUCUAAAGCCAGGAUAGUGGGGAAUUCUUGGUUUCCCCAAACGUGUUGGUAUAUCCAUGAAAUAUAUUGCAAAGCCAGGUGCUUUUAAAACCUGUGACAUUUACAAGUAACAUCCUGCCCUAACUCACAUUUCAAUAUGUAUCUUGAUCCCUGUACUCUAAAAUAGCAAUCAAACAAAGUAGCUGAGAAGUUGGUAUCCCAUCAUGGACUUGUACAUCAUGGACUUGCACAUGUGCAGGAAAUCCAAGAAUGGGAUAUAUCUACAUGUUUGCUCACAGAGAUAACAGUUCUCUUCAGGUGUUCUAAAUACCUGUGUAGGAGGCACAAAGAUGUACAUGUUGGUUCCACCCCUUCACCCCGCGCCUUCCCACGUUGAGCAGGAAGAUCUGAAGUGGGAUAAUAAGCCCAUUCAACACUAUAAAUGCAGGAAUGUCAGGAUGGAGGGACGUGGGGCUGACUUCCUGAACCCUGCAGCCUCUGUAUAGUUAGACACUGUUAAUCCCUAAAGAGGGCUAAUGUAUGCAUGCUAACAAUUCUGAACUCCACAAUGAAGAGGGGUGUAUGAAUGCAUGUGUGUAUGUGUACAUACACACAAAUAUAUAUGGCUGUUUUAUUCCUAAGGAGAAGAAGAAAAGGGGAAGGAAUUAUUACAAUGUUGCUGUUGUUGUUGUUGUUGUUGUUGUUGUUGUUGUUGUUGUUGUUGUUAUACCCUGCCCAUCUGACUGGGUUGCCCCAGCCACUCUGGGUGGCUUCUAGCACACACAAAAAGACAGUAAAACUUCACACAUUAAUAGGCUUCCCUAUACAGGGUUGCCUUCAGAUGACUUCUAAAGGUUCUAUAGUUACUCAUCUCCUUGACAUCUGAUGGGAGGGCUGUUCCACAGGGUGGGUGGGUCCUGCUAGCUAGGGAUGAUGGGAGUUUUAGUCCAAAAACAGAUAAGAGACCCAAGUUUGGGGAACUCUGAUAUAGAUGGACAUGGUAAUACACUUUCUGAACAACCUUUACAUUAAUACUGUUGAAAAAUGCAUUGACAUUUUAAUAUGCCUCCUGAAAUGUCUACCUGUUUAAGAAGUUUCUGUUCACUAGUUGUUGUUUUUAAGGGCUAAAUGGCUGAUUUAUCAAAGGACUUCUAGGUAGCUUUUAAUCUUAAGUAAUAUACACACAAAAGGGAUGGGAUUAUCAGUUUGCUUGGCAUAUUUUUGGUGUUACAUUUGAACAACUGAUUUAUUUAUUUUUAAAAGGCUAAAGCACUCACCCCUCAAUGCCACAGAGCUUCUCUUACUGCUGUUUGACUCCAUCUGCUGGUAAAUACUCAUAAUCCCAAAAAUAUUUCACACAAGUAAUUGAUCGAUUGAAAGUAACAAAAUGGAAUCCAGUCUUCGUGUGUGUGUCCCCAAGACAGACAUCUUAUUUAAAUAUAAUCUAAUCUAAUGUGCAUUGCUGACACAGUCUAUAGGUUUAGCAGUCUUUCACUUGGGGUUUACUUAUAAAGGAAGACUUGUUUUUUUUUUUGCAAAACGUGGUCAUUUGCAGCUGCUAAUUUCUUGCCAAGAAAUGAUUAAUUCUGUACCACCACGCCCCCUUAAAUCUUUUCUUAAUGCCAUUUACAGAUACACAGUUUCUUGUGAAAGAACGCAGAUGUCUGCAGUGCAGCUGGCCAUAAAACUUUCUGCAUGUGUAUCUUGCUUAAAAUCUUGUGUCCAUGAUGAAUUACCAUGAAAUCAGUCUGAAGGCUGAAAUCUGAGGAAUUACCUUAUUUUAAUAGCCUGGAAUGAAAAGGGCAUUUGUGUUGCACUUUAAGUAUUUAGCAGUGGUUAUGGCUUAUGCAUUCUGUGGCAUUAUACUGACAGUACUGAAGGAGUGGUUGGGUUUGCUUUAUUAAAUCCAGCCAGCUUUUAAUUUUUAUUUCAAAACAGAAAGAUUCAAAUGCCAUGUCCUAAUUCUUUAAAUUCUCAUCCUGUCCUGUAGCAAAGAUAGUGCACUAUAUAACAAUGCAUCAAAUAAAACACAACAUAUUUUAAUUUUAUUUUUUUAAAAAAACUUAUGUUGACUAAACCCUGACCCCAGAAGCCAGCCCAGACAAAGGUCUUACAGUGCUUCUAAAAAAUAUGCUUAGUUUUUUUGGCUUGCGUCCAAGGGGAGGGGAAUUCCACAGCUGUGACAGAGACCAAGAGCUCUUCUGUCUGUGCCUUUUUGUUGUCUGAACGGAUCCAGUGAAUGGAGUUUCCAGCAAACUUUCUGAUGCCCUGAAUAGAUUGGAGUUGGUUAGCAUGUUUGUUUGACUUGCAUUUAUUUAGCAAACAAAACUUUAAAAGCAAAGUGCAACAUUGGGAUUUAAUACGCUGCAUACAUAUCACAGGUUUUUUCCCCUAAGAAGUAUUUGAAUUGAACUGUGUGGUUGAUUGCUGAAAAGUCAGUAAACCACACCUGCACUGCAGUAUAUGUCUACUCAGAAAUAAGUCCCAUUGACCUUACGCUCAGCAGCACAUGUUAAUAGAACGACAGCCUUAGUGUUGACUAAAUGCUUCGUUCAAAGCUUUACUGGGAAAUUAUUCUUUUCUGAAUGCUUGUAAAUAUUUUAACACACAGCUCAAGAAACUGGCUAAGGAAAGGAAUGAAGGGACCAAAAACUUGUUAGGCCAAUUUUAGCAUGUUUAGAAAUCAGUGUGUUUAGCUUUGUUGUACAGUGGUACCUUGGUUCUCGAACGGCUUAGUUGUCGAACAAAUCGGCUCCCGAAUGCCGCAAACCUGGAAGUAAGUGUUCCGGUUUGCAAACGUUUUUUGGAAGCUGAAUGUCCGACACGGCUUCCGCUUGAGUUCAGGAAGCUCCUGCAGCCAAUCAGAAGCCACACCUUGGUUUUUGAACAGUUUCAGGAGUCGAACAGAUUCCUGGAACAGAUUAACUUCGAGAACCAAGGUACCACCAUAUAUGCAUAUAGGAAUGACUCACUUGAAACAAUACAGUUCAGGAGCUGUGUAAUUUGACUAGUAUUGCAUAGUAUAGUAUCCUUUCAUUGUGUUACUAAUCAAUUUUCUGGCAUACGCAUUUUAGAAAUGGAAAAAGUUCCACGGAAAAAUAUAGUAGUGGAAAAAUUUCCACCCCAUCACUGAAUGUAUUACAUACAAAUAUUAGGAGGCUAGUCAUGGCUGAUCUUAGAAUGAAAUGGAAUGAGGAAUAGAGGAGGAGCCAAGCUUAGAUAAGCCUAAGGUGUUUAGAAAUUUGUAGUAAAAUUUAGCUGUGUUUUACACAGGGAUGUGACUUUGGUGUGGCUCACUUGAAGUUAUAAUGUGGCUUAAGGAGCCAAGGUAGACAUUACAGUGGUACCUCGGGUUACAUACGCUUCAGGUUACAUAUGCUUCAAGUUACAGACUCCGCUAACCCAGAAAUAGUGCUUCAGGUUAAGAACUUUGCUUCAGGAUGAGAACAGAAAUUGUACUCUGGCGGCGUGGCAGCAGCAGGAGGCCCCAUUAGCUAAAGUGGUGCUUCAGGUUAAGGACAGUUUCAGGUUAAGAACGGACCUCCGGAACGAAUUAAGUACUUAACCCAAGGUACCACUGUAUAUGGGAACGUGAGCUUUCCUUCACAAUGCAAAGGCAGGAAAUCCUUCAUCAUCCCAAUACGGGGGCAGCAUUUACAGAGAAGAAUAAGCAGGUGGAUGGGAACCGACCCCUUCAACUUGCUGAUCUUCUGCUGAUAGUUCCUCCGCUGCACUCGCUAUUAUCUGUGGGGCUGUAACUGCAUUUCUCAGGAUAAAACCCAGAGUGGGCCCUAAGACAGUUCUUGAAUCUGAGUCUCCCAGCUGCAAACCCCACAAUGCUGCUUUCUCAAAGUGCAAGUCACUGGAGGCAAAAGUAAUCACUGCCGCAGUGAGUACAGAAGCUCACACAGCUGCUUGCCUGCUAAACUGAACAUCAUAGGACAUCUCAUGAUGAAUGGUGAGCAGGUGAACGACACAGUUUGUGCCACUGCGAUUGCUUUCUGUUACAAGCAGAGAUUUAGUCAUAAUUGCCCUGCACUGUAACUGCAGCAAAACCCAACUCAUUAUCUUGCAUCUGUGGCUCAUGUAAUUCGUAGUCAAAACUGGUCUCUCAUUUUUACUUGCAUGCCUUGCUGUAACGGUUAGUAGUGAGAACAGUACUGAGGGGUCUAGCAGUCUGAUUAAACUUGCUGGAGCAAGGGGAAGACUCUUCGCUGACCAGCAGCAAGAGACAUAGAAUUGGACUCCCCAAGUGAAUGAAUGACUGCUCUUCCUUUGUGUAAGAAAGCAGGGUGCUGAUUACUACAGCUCAGAGCUAUCCCCAUACAUGUGCUUUUGUCUUUUGUUGAAAGAGAAACUGAUACUCAGAGAAGUGGGGCUUGCAUCCUGGUCUCAACUGUGAGCGAGCAAUGACAACAUGUGAAUUCCAGACAGGGCCAGGAAUGGAUUAAGAGCUUCCUGUCAGUGUUGCGUAUCAGGCUGUAAAUCUUCAGUUUUAAACAGUCACUUGAAUACUUAAUCUUAGCAGUCCUUGCAACAACAAAAAUCCAACAAGGCAGGCCAAUAUUAUUCUUCCACAUACUACAGAUGAGAAGAGAUGCUUAGACUUGAGAAACUGUAUUGAAGGCCACUUACCAAGUUUGUGGCUGAGCUAAUAUUUAAACUGGGGUCUGCUCAUGCUUUUAACCCAACACUGAAGCAGACGGCAAAGAGAUAUUUCUAGACAUUAUGGCUGUGCAGCUUCAUAUCAACUUCAGCCUAAGCACAUUCAAAGUGGUGCAUCGUGAGACAAAAGUUCCUGAUUGCACAUAGAUGCUGAUGGUGUCCAAGUUGGUUGAAAUUGUUCAUGAGAUCCUUGGUUCAUAGCAAAAAGCUCACUGACAGCAUCUGCUGAUUGUAUAGCAAGAAAACCGAUUGUGUGUGUGAGAGAGAAAAGAAUGAAGGGAUGUAUGUGGACCAUCACCUAUGAAGGAAGGCUUGAGAAGUUCCAGCUGCUGAGUUUAGGGGGCAAAAGAAAAAGAAGAUAACUCAUCAUUAUGAAAAGUGUGGAGAGAAUUAUGAGAGAGAGAAAAUACUCUCUCUCCAAACACUAGAACAGAAGAGUGAUACAGUAGAAUUGAUCAGUCACAAAUUCAGGACAAAUAAAAGUAAGCUAAACUUCCCUCAAUAAUUAUGGAAUUUAUUGCCACAGAAUGCCACAGCAAACAUGACUACAUGUCUUUUUUUAAAGGGGGGGGGCUAAUCUUUGCUUUAUAAAUUAUGAUUACUUCUACUCUUGAGAGAGAGAAGCUUCAGAAAUGGUUGCUGUUUGAUUUUAAGCUUUUGAACAUGGACUAUAGAACAGAUUUAGAGUUCUUGCCAAUUCAAAUCCAGUCGGCUGUUCCAAAUCCGGAAUAAUUUAGCUGAUAAUUAGCCUGCAUAAGCAUUUUUAUGAAAAGCAUUAUUGAGGGCUUUUCCUAGCAUAAUCCAGUUCUGAGACUUGACCUCUCUAUGGGCUUCAGAGUCUUGCUUGUUGGUAGGAGAAAGUGUUGAGGAAUGCAUAUUCAGUCAUACAAUGGUACAUAACAAGAGCUACUUGUUUUUAAAUCAGAUAUCUAGAUUUUAAAGGACCUCAGUUCAUCCAGGAAGGGGCCUCCUCAAGUGCACUGACGCUGCAAAGUGAUGGUAAAAAAAGAAAGGAAAAAACAAGCUUUUAAAAAAACCACCCUUAACUGCCACCAGUUCUGUAUUUUUGCAGUUUCCUCUCUGGGAUAUAUUUUUGUGCUGAUGCUAACAAAAAUCUUUACUAUUAAUUAUUUGUGGUCCAGAAAUGAAUUCUAAUGGGGCAUAAUAAUUUUGGGGCCUCUACCCAGUGAGAUGGUAAUAGCUACAACACAUGCCAUGGGCUUUUUAAGACCCCUUGUUGUUAAUAAACUGACAGUUGUCCUCACUAAUUUCUCAAAAGCACUUUCCAGUGAAUGCACCCUUGAUUUUAAAUGGUUACAGACUGGUUUGACCACUCCAGACAGCUUUCAGCAAAUAAGGCUGUUUGCUGGUCAGAAUUGUGUCUGCACUGCAGGCUACUUUGAGAGAGAAGGCAUGAUCUUGUGCCUAACAAUCAGGUGGAGGUCACUUCAGGGGAUGUCUCAGUCAGCACUAUGUAAGUGUGCAACUGCUAGGAACCCACAGUGUGUAUUGCUGGCAUCACUGGGGAAUCCUAGGUGGUUGACAACUAUAUGCUUGCAUAGUGCUGACUGAGACACUCAGGGUCCCAUCAUCACUUCUCAGCGGUUACUGGCACGCUCUCCUUACUGCCUCCACCCUGACUGCCUCUUGGCAGCUCCCAGAUUUGUAUAUAGCCACUUUUCUAUUUGCCUCUGGUGAUGAAGAAUUGCCUCCAGGCGUCUGGGCAGGGAAGAUUUUGCAAUUUAGGAGAGAUGGCAUCCCCCCCCCCUUUUUAUGGAGCGGGAGACAAGUUCGUAACUUUUGUGAGCUUGGCCAUAAUGAAGGUUCCUUCAUAAGCUGUUUGUUAAAGUUAAAUGCCCACCAUUUGAAUGACUGAAGUAAAAAAAAAAAGACCCAAAUUGAUAGUGUAAAUAUCUAUGAUGUUUGAGCAUUCUUGCCAACAUACGUUGCUGCAACUCUCCCCACAAGCACCAGAGGGGGAAGGCAGUUAUAGGCUGGUCUAGGGUUUUCUCCAGAUGUUUCCUCCAAAACUCACAACUAGAGUUUUUUUUAUAUAUUUAGGUAAGAGAAGGAACCAAUUAACUUUUUUUUUUAGUUUGUGCUAGUUGCCUGAUGUUCAGCAUUUCUCAUUGACUGUUUGUAUCAGGACAGAAUAAAAGCACAUGUUGCCCCUUUUAAUCUGCAAGGUUGAAUUAUCUUUUUUGUAAAUAGCUACCACUGAAAUGCUUUAAAAACAACAUUUUAAUUUUUUUUUGCUAAGGUUGUGUUUAACUUUCUUUUUGUUCUCAAAUAUUCCAUAUUUGUUCAGAGUAAGACAGGAAAGAGCAAGCUGUCAUCUUCCUCCUACCAAGGUCGUCAGCCAAAUCCCUCAUUAACGUGAGUGAAAAUAGGAUCAGACCAACGAAGAUUAUCCGGGAUUGCCUGUUUAACCUGGGAAUCUUGUCUGAGAAAGUACUGUGGGGUUGCACUAUAGCCAUAAGAACAGCCUUCAGGAUCAGGCCAAUGGCCCAUUCAGUCCAACACUUGUUCUCACAGUGGCCAACCAGAUAGCUGUAGGAAACCAGGGAGUAGAAUAUCGGCACAAGAAACACCCCCCCUCCACCUCCACCUUCCUGAUUUCUAGCAACUAGUAUUUGGAAGUAUUGCUGCCUCCAACAGUGGACAAAGAGCAUCGCCAUCAUGGCUAGUAGCCAUUGAAAGCGCUCUUCUCCAUGAAUUUGCUUAAAGCCAUCCAACUUGGCAGUCAUCACUGCUUCCUGGGAGAACACAUUCCCGAGUUUGACUAUGUGGUGCACGAAGAAGUACUUUGUUUUAUCUAAAACAAAUGUUUAUCCCAAACCUUUGGGAGAUUCCAUCUAAGAACACUGUUAGAAUGCAGUAGGUGUUAGAAUUCCUGCUCCAUGAUUGCAGUCAUGGGAUUUUUGUCUAUCACAUGACGGUGUACGUUUUGACUCCACAGAGUGGGAAGUGAUGGAGACAGGAUGUUUGUGUUACUGUGUUCCGUGAAGUGGGACUAUUGUCCUUUUUUUUUUGCUGUCUGAUGCUAGAGAGAAAGGGAGCCAUGUUGCAGUGCUCCGUGUGUGUUUGUAUGUAAAUAAAGUAGAUUAGCCAAAAUGCUGAGUUGCUGAGGUCUGUUAUGCAAGCUGUGAAGACUCUGUGGAUCUCUAAGUGUGCCGGUGUCUGUUGGCAUUGGUCUCUGUGAUGUUCGGGCUGAAGAAAGCUUUUAAAGCUCCCGAAUGAACGACCAGGAGGGAGAGAACAUGCCAGUCGGGCAUGUGUCUCUACCAGGGUCCUACUCGAAUGUAGGACGAGCUCCUGACCGUAGGAUCACAACUUGUACACAUUUAACUCGCGCGAAAGCAGCUUUAUGCGCUUGGCAGCUUCCAGAGCAUGAGUAGAGAAAUAUCACGUGAAAUCACCUCUGAAUGAUUGAAGACUUGGACAAACACCGAAGGCACCAGCACCUAAGAAAGCACUAGCCAAAUAUUUCUUGGGAGGGAGUUCUAUAAUUUGGGUGCUAUCAUGGAAGAGGUCCCUCUCUCCAGAAGCUACUUGCUUAGACAAGAGCACCAAGAAAUUGGUGAGCAGGUUUCUAUGGGUGAAAGCAGCCCUUUAAAUACUAGGACAUGUAGGACUUUAAAGGCCCAGACCAGUAAAUAAAUGCAUAUAUAAAGACAGUAAAUGUGCAUUUGCAGAUGCCUAUACAGUAUUAUACUGGUACAUGUAGCAAGGAGCUGGAAUGGAUUAUAUCCCCUCUUAACCUGUGAAGAACUUGAGGGACUGUUUUAUAUUUUUCUCACCGCACAUUUACUGUGGAAGAACUCUUCUAAAGUUGAAACAGCUUGUUUCUUCAGUAUGGGAAAUUUCUUCCACAGAAACAGCAAAUUAAGGUUUUAUUUAUUUAUUUCACUAUUUUGGUUUCUAAGGGAAGAAGAGACAAAGCAACAAAUCAGUUCUUAACAGUAAGAAACCGCCCAAGACAUUUUGCUGCCUGAGGUGAAGCACAAAGUAAUGCCUCACCUCCAUCCCACAUUCUGAACCCAAGUGGACUGGCAAUUGAAUCUCAUUUUAGCACUGGUGAAGGGUAACAUCUUCCACUGCACCAGAGUUAGGGGCUCCAGAACAGACCGUGUGGCAACAGAGGGGAACAACAGCUGGGGAGCUCAUGGAGGAACAGUUGCCUCCCUCUGUCUACUCUACCAUCCCCUACUGACGUCAUCUGUUGCCUUUUUUGAUAGAAGUCUUAUUUCUCUUUGGAUUCCUGUCUAUGUACAGAUUCUGUACAAGGUUCUCUACUUUGACUUUUCUAUCUCUUUCUCUCUCUGCUAAAUCAUGAAACUUAAAAAAAGUGAAGAGGGGAAGGAACGAAGAGGAGAAGGAAGAGUGGUAAAUGAGAGAUUGAUGGAACAUAUGUGUGCUUUUUGAGUACCUAAGGGUUGUGAAUGUACAUUUAUAUAACAGCUAAUAUUGAGGAAACCAUUUGUGUCGGGGUGAGUAAACCUCUGACAGAUUACAUGCAAGCACUUGCGCAUGUGUUUCAUUAUUUGAUUGCCUUAGGAGACUGCUGUUUAAGUUGGCAGAUCAACUUAUUAAAAGCAAAGCUUGUCUGCUGGCAAGAUUACAGCAUACUGGGGGUGGGGGAGGGCAGAGAGCCCAAAUGUUGAGGUAGGGUGUGUUUAUAGUGUAAGGAAACUAUAAUGUUACUGGAGGAAAGUAGGAUUAAAUGUGGUUCCAAUUUAUUGUACUGGGCUCAAGAUUAUAUUCCUUCAGGAUCUGGGCAUAUAUGAUGUGUGUGUGUGUGUGUGUGUGUGUGUGUGUGGCUUUUUUUAAAAAACAAAACAAAACAGGUUUAAGUCAAAUAUGUUGAGAAGAUCUGGAAUACCUUUCUCUUCAAACUUUUAGAAAGCGCAGGCAUUUUGUUCUCAAUGUUUCUUAAGUAUUUUAGCAGCUUUGAAAAGAAAGAAUGUUGAUAGUAACAGAAUAGCUAGAUUUGCUGGUCUCACUAUCCAGUUAUCAUGCAGUGCAAAGCUGCUGCUGCUGGUGUUGUUGCUGUUAAAUUUGUAUACUACCCUAUACCCAUAGAUCUCAGGGAGGUUCUCAGAAUAAUCAGGGCAAUUCACAACAUUAUGGGUCCCCCUUCCUGCCUUUUGGUUUCAAGCUAUGCUUUUAUCAUGUGUUUGGAUGCUGCUAUGAUAGGUUUGAAUAUAUGUGCAUACAGGGUAACUGGAAAACAAAAUACGAUAAACCAGAUAGCCUACAUAAUAUUUGUCCUAAUUCAGAUGCCACCUAUAUGGGACCAAAGAUGAUAUGUGUUUAAGCAUAUGCUUAGUUUGGCCCUGACAGCACAUUUGACCCAAUUGCGUCCUGCAGUACCAUUGUUGUCACUCCGUAGCAGGGAAACUGAUGACUAAGAUGCACAAGUGAGUUUUCUGUUGCUUUAUGGCAGCAGGGGGCAAUCUGUGCACAUUGCCUAAUUUGAAAAGCUCUCUGAAAGUGACCAGUUAAGGCACGAUCUACCUGCCCUUUCCUGGUAGCCCAUUGAGUGGGGGGAAAGAGGAUCCUGUCUCUAUCCAUUGUUGGCAUCUGCCCCACAGCAAGUGACUCCCAGCACUAGCUCAGAGACCACCACCAUUAUCAGAGCACAUUCAGUGUGUUCAGGUUAUUUUGUGUGGGCCUCUGAUGACAGCACUGCUUGCACAAGACGAACUGUAAACCCUUUCCUACAGAUAAUUAAGAUAGCUAUUUCCACAGUAUGCCUGUUAUACUAGAGAGAUAGAAAGCAGUACCAGGGCAUCCAGUAUAAGGGAAGUGACUGGCUGAAAUCCUAGAUGCCCUUACCUGAGAGUAAGUCCCAUCGAACUCAGUGGAUCUUACUUAUGCGUAGACAUGGAGAGGCCUGCAAUGUUAAGUAUCUUUAAAAAAGCAUGCGGGUAACAGGGGGGGGAAAUGUGGUGGACAAGAAAAUAAGAUCCACUCCCCGAGGGUUACUUCUCUUUCUGCAGCAAAGCAAUAUGAGGCGCAAUAGAUUAAUUGCCACAUCAGCGCAAUUUUAAGCAGCUUUAAUUGGUGCAUAUGUUUGUACAUUGCUAAUUAGGGUACAACUUGUUCUAACUGCCUGUGUGGAUUCAGUGUAAUAAAAAAUCGUGUGCAAAGUACAUGCUCAGGUGCUGUGGGCGGUGUGGCCUUCAGUUAUUUUAGGAAUAAGUGCACUGGCCUAUUAGAAGAAAAGGUUACUAGACCUAGUUUAGACACAGCACUCUCUCUCAAUCUCUCUCUCUCUCUCUCUCUCUCUCUCUCUCUCUCACACACACACACACACACCCCAUUUCCUGUUUACCAGAAUUCAAAUACGUAGAUCUUAAGUUCUCCGUACAAGUAGGGCUGCUUUAUGUAAUGAAAAAGUCCUCAUUGAGCAUUCUGCCCUAAACAUCUCCUGUCUGUAUUGCAUGGGCUUCCUUGUGGGUCUGGCAUAGUGCCAUGUUGUAUGAUGCUGUGUAAGGGACUGUUUGCUGAUACUAGAAAUCUUGGGAUUGUUAAAUACUGGCAGCUUUAGUUUUUGUGUUAGAAAAGAGAUGAGCUUUCCUACUGGCAGAAUUUUGAAAUUCCAGAUAGUUAGGUGUUCACAGACGGGCAAGGGGUGGUUUUCUUGAUAUAACUGCAAGCAAGAAACCUGUAUUAAAUCAAUUAUAUGAAUUAGUCCCUGUCCCCUGUUGGUAACCUAAGACCCUCCAAAUGGUGGUGAACUACAGCUGCCCUCAGUCCUAGCCAGCUGUGGCUAGUGCUCAGAAAUGAUAGCAGUUGUAGUUCAGCAACAUAUUGAGGACCACUGUUUCUCCACCCUGCUUAUGUGAUUUCAAUCAUUUCGAUGUAAACAAAGCUGUCCUUUUUAAAAAUGAAACCAGACUGAAAAUAGCUCACUAUAAAAUGAUUGCCAAAACUUGUCAUAGGUAUCUUAACAGAUGACAAAUGAAUUUGCAGAGCAGUGUGAAAUGUCACGGUGUUAACUCCUGUUACGAGUGACAGCUUGUUGUCAGAGUGCCAAUAUGAAAUAAGACCAGACAUUGUCACAAAUACAUACAGCAUAUGCUUAUGUGCAUGGUUGGUGACCUACCCAAUUUUCUGUGUGGAAUAAAUUCUUCAUUAUGUCAUUAAAUUAGGCGCACACACAACAUUUCAUCUUCUAAAUAUGAGGUGCUAAUUUGGAAGAAAGGUAUUUGCUUCAUCUCCCUUGUAUGAGAAAUAACAUAGGGAGCUAAAUGGCUUAAUAGUACAAACAAAAUGGAUACAUAGUAGGAACCCAAGAACAAAUGCGUACAUUGACAAUAAAUGUUUACAGUCAAGUUUCCUCAAUGUUUUCUGAUAAUCUGAAGCUACCAUUAUGAAUCUUGCCUCUUUUUGCUUGAAUGGGUGAGAAGACUUCAACUCUUCAUAUAGAAGCCCACUUUGGACAAUAUAAGUGGUAAUGAGCCAAUCUGUUAAAGAAUACUAUAUAAAAUAAAUCGAUUAAAAUCCAUUUCUGUUCCCCUACUCACAUGAUUAGUCAAAACCUGUUUAAUUUCUGGACAAAUAAAGGUAAAGGUAAAGGUACCCCUGCCCGUACGGGCCAGUCUUGACAGACUCUAGGGUUGUGCGCUCAUCUCACUCUAUAGGCCGAGAGCCAGCGCUGUCCGCAGACACUUCCGGGUCACGUGGCCAGCGUGACGAAGCUGCUCUGGAGAACCGGCACCAGAGCAGCACACGGAAACGCUGUUUACCUUCCCACUAGUAAGCGGUCCCUAUUUAUCUACUUGCACCCGGGGGUGCUUUCGAACUGCUAGGUUGGCAGGCGCUGGGACCGAACGACGGGAGUGCACCCCGCCGCGGGGAUUCGAACCGCUGACCAUGCGGUUGGCAAGUCCUAAGCGCUGAGGUUUUACCCACAGCGCCACCCGUGUCCCAUUUACAAUGUAGUAAAAGGUAAAGGUAAAAUACAAAAUAAUGUAACACUUCAGGGAUAAAUGCAAUGCUCUCAUGGAACUGCACAGAUUAGAAAAAAGGCAUGGAUUACUUUUUAAUAAAAAAAAGUUAAAGCAUCAGUUUUAGCCUAUAAUUAAGGAAUAACUAGAGACUUAAAAGAGAUCUCUGCAGCAUAAUGCUGCUUAUAGCAUAAUGGCCUGCUGUUGUGCAGGAGACUGAUCUAAGGUUUUUGUGGAAAAUACUGACACCCUGAGGUGAAGAGUAACUUCAAAGCAAUCGCAUAGUUAUAAGAUCACUUAACUCUUACAUUACAUUACAUUACAUUGUUUCCAGUAGAUUUUGCUGCUCUGCAUUUCCUCCUCUUAAUGGUAUCCCUUCUAAGCAUUUUGAGAACUUUGGCCCUGUAACUGGUGCUGACCAUCUCUAAUGAACUUAGGAACAUACAGUAGAAAGAUGCCUUAUACCGAGUCAAACCCAUUUGCUCAUCUAGCUCAGGGCUUCAGCCAGGAGUCCUUCCAGCCAUACAAUGAGAUACUGGAGUUAAACAUGGGAACUUCUGCAGGCAAAGUGUUGUGGGGGUGGGUGGGUUAUUGUUAAUGUUGUUGUUAAUUGCUCUCUAGGCACUGAAAAUUCUUUAUUCUUUUGGCAAAGAUUUACCAACAUUACAUGGUACUUGUUCCAUUUUUAACACAAUGCAAUACAGUGGUACCUCUAGUUAAGAACUUAAUUCGUUCCGGAGGUCUGUUCUUAACCUGAAACUGUUCUUAACCUGAGGUACCACUUUAACUAAUAGGGCCUCCCGCUGCCGCAGCGCCACCACCACACGAUUUCUGUUCUCAUCCUGGGGCAAAGUUCUUAACCCGAGGUACUAAUUCUGGGUUAGCGGAGUCUGUAACCUGAAGCGUCUGUAACCCAGGGUGCCACUGUACAGGUCACGGCAAGGUUGGCCUUUGCAGGGUUCAGGCAAAAUAUCUUUUGCAUGUCUCACUUGGGUACCAAACUGGCAAGAUACUACAUAUUUUACUAGCCAAAAGUAACCCCAGUCAAUCUCUUAGGCUACACCUCAGUGAAGAUAACACUUUUGGAGAGAACAUGUAGAACUGUAGUUCUAAAUGCCAGUUAUAAAUGAAAUAAGUAAAUGAAUUAUGCUACAGUGACAACUUAUACAUCACCCCAAAAAAGAGGACAAAAUACAAGAGUAUCUGCUUUGCUUGCAGAAAAUCGCAGGCCAUCUCCAGGUAGGACAAGAAUGUCCUCAAACUGAAACCCUGCAAAGCCACUGCCAGUCAGUGUACAAUGCUAUAUUGAGCCACAGACCUGUGGUCCUUCCUAUAAGCAUUGGUGCCAAUUUUAAAAUUAGGACUAUAAUUUAAAUAGAAAGCCAAUACUUCUCGACAUUGGGAGGGGGGAGGGGGAACCCUGUGUCCAGGUGGCUGCUCAGACUACUGUCCAUGCAAUAAUUUCCAUGCCCCUGUUUUAGGGUUAUUUGUCUUGAAACCAGACUAGGUCAAAACAGAAGACUCCUUCAAAAAGAAGACUGCCCUUUGUAAAGCAGGACUAACAGACAGUCUACAUUAGGUACUGCUAGGGCCAUCAGGCUAAAAGAGCGUGAGAGAGAUAAAGCAGUUAGGGGAUAUUGUCCAUAUCCUGCUUUGUUUUUAGUGUAAUUAGAAAAUGCAUUUCUAUAGUUGCUGUUCAACAAGGAAAAAUAAUGCCAGUGUGUAUUAUUAUUAUUAUUAUUAUUAUUAUUAUUAUUAUUAUUAUUACUUCCACAGCAUGCUAUUGCUUUACACGGUGUUUUUCUACAGUAGCACAAGCAAAAAGAAGAUAGUUCCCAGCUCUAAGGGUCUUGCAAGCUAAACUGUUACUCCAGUGCCACUAAAGUUUUGUCGCCACCUUGAACUAACAGUUCUACACUGAACAUGGCAUUUCUAAACAGAAGGCAGGUUGAAAAAGGUGUUGUGGCUUUUAUAAAAUAGUGUGUGCUUCAAAAGCAGCCCGUAGAGGGGAGUAGAAUAUAAGAGGACGAUUUAACUACAGGCAUUUUUUUUUAAAGAGUUCCAGUUGGAGCCAACUAAAAACAUCUGCUGUCUUAUUUAUAGUUCCCAGUUCCAAGAAGUAUAUUCUGUGGCAGAUGAAAAAGUGGAUGACAGCUCAUAAUUCAUAAAGUUACCAAAGCCUAAUCUGAUAGAACAUAAUGUACAAACUCCUCCCUCCCACACAGACAAUAUCGCUUCCUUUUAACACGAGAUAGCAUGGCUUUGCUACAUAUUAAAUUGAGCGCUGACAUACAAUUUACAGCCCUUGUUAUAAUAAUUAAACUUUAAUAAAGAAGCACCAUGGCCUAUUAUUGCAAAAUGUUGGCUCAGAGCCAGCAAUUUGGGGAGAUGUAUCUUGUUAGUGUGAUUCUCAGCCAGUUUUGUUUUGUUGCUAAAUCCAGUUAACUUCCCCCUCAGAAUCUAUUUUUGUUUCGUAUUAUAGGAACCCCUUGCGUUGUUGUGCUGCGGAUUGCUUUUCUUUUUUCUUUAACAAGGGAGAGGGGAGGGGAAGACAUUUUCUAGCAUAUCAUUUUUUAUUUUGUUAAAAAUACUGAUAAAUGAGAGCUUUCUGGGUAGUGGGCUGGGAUUGAAUUAGCCUGUUCUAAGAGUGUAUGUCCAACUUAGUUUAUAAUCAAGUUUUUGGAUGAAGGCUUUGGUAAGUUGUUGGUAAGCAGUAUUUCCCCAUGCAAGCUUUUCCCUAAAGUUUCAAAGCAGCAUUUUCUUUUAGAGGGUAUGGAGGUGCUCACAGAUGGAGUAUACACCUUAUUAAAGCAGCUUAAAAUGAUAUAAUGUGCGAAAUAUAAAUGCAUCAUUUUUACAAAUAUAAAUAUUUACAUUAUGUUGCUCAGAAAGCAAUUCUUUGGAACAGGUGCCAUCCAAAUGAACAGUUGUUGCACCACUGCGCACACCCAACCCUCCUAUCCCACUAGACCAGAGCUUUCCAAACUUUUCAUGCUGCUGACACACUUUUUAGAGAUGCAUCAUUUUGCAACACAGUAAUUCACUUUUACUAGAAACCGGAGAUUAAACUAACCCACUUCCAGCCGCAGGAGCAGUGCGGGGGUGGGUGGGCGGCAUUCGCGCGACACACCUACACACUACAGCCAACACACUAAUGCAGGCUUCCUCAACCUUGGCCCUCCAGAUGUUUUGAGACUACAAUUCCCAUCAUCCCUGACCACUGGUCCUGCUAGCUAGGGAUCAUGGGAGUUGUAGGCCAAAAACAUCUGGAGGGCCGAGGUUGAGGAAGCCUGCACUAAUGUGUCAUGACAUACUGUUUGGAAAGCUCUGCACUAGGCCUUGGAAAAAUCAAAAUAUGGGGGAGAGUUCUUGAACAUUUGGGGGACAGGGCAGAAGUGGUCUGGAAUCCAGGUGGGGGUGACUGUAUUACUUACUAAUUGUUUUUUUGAGGUCUUCUGUGGUCACCCCAUGGCGGGGCAACCAUCUUGUUUUCAUACACUGUGCUGCUAACAACACAACAUCACACUACACUAGUGCACCCCACAGUAGCAGUUGGGCUGCCGUCGUUCUGUCGCUAAACUGUGGCUUCGUUUUAAAGUUAAAAAAGAUAAGGGAAUACCAACACCAAUCCUUGUGAUAAGGAAGGAAGAGAAAUUCAUUGGUCCAUGUUUUAAUUUUCCACCCCAGGAGUGAAAUGUGGAUUAAAAUGCAGCGGUCAUUCAGAUUACACAGUUCUCAGAAUUUCGUGGUGCUAUUUCUGCUCAAAAUAUUUGCACAAAAUGCAUACUUCACAGAAUUAAAAAUGCAAUAGUAUGUAUUUAAGGGGAAAUGCAGUGAAAAGCAUAUGAAACAUACAUUUUAGCAGAAAGUGUGUAUAAUUUGAGUGCAUUUUUUUAAAACUAAAAUUAAAGCAUGGCAAGGAUUUAAUCUGUGAUUGAGUACAUGUGAAACUCACACUGAGCAUAAAUAAAGGGAUCCAGCCACCUACAUACAUAGCUCAGUUGGUGGAGCAUGAAAGUCUUAAUCCCGGGUUCCUGAGUUCGAGCCCUACAUUGGACAGAAGAUUCCUGCGUUGCAGGGGUUUGGAAGAUAUGGCCAUUGUGGUCCUUUCCAACUCUACAACUCUGUGAUUCUAUGAUCUCCGCCUUUGGACCGCCUCAUAAAAUACCAACAGAGCAAUUCAGACUGUGACCAGGCAACAGCAGGCCACGCUGGGUGACAGCCAUCAUUGUAUCCACAGCCCCAUCCAUUAUGCUGGUGUUGGAAGUUGAAGGAGGCAGGCAGAAAUGUGCUGUGAGCUAUGCCAGCUUGGAACUGCUGUAGCCAUUAGGCCUUCAUUGGACCCGGUGCUGAGAAAAUCUAGGAGAAAAGAAAAGGUAAAAUUAAUCAGGUUUUGAUUUUAACUGUAAUGUUAGUCCAUAGUCUCCUGGAUACCUUCUAGUAAAUGAGGUGUGUCCCCUCCCCCCCCAGCUUUUUCAAUAGUGUAUCUUAUUACAUUUUAAAGGGCAGGUUAGGUUAUAAUUUUGGUUCUAUCCACUUUCAUGCUUCCUCUAGCAGUAAUGAAAGGUUUGGCUCAGAGGCUUGCCGAGCCAAUCUUCCAGCUUUAACUUUCCAUAGGUCUUUGCCAGGUAAUAACUCUGAAAAUCUCUUUUUACUGAGAACUCCUGCAAAAAGUGCAGCUGUGUGCUGGUUUCGUCUUGCAGCUCAUAGCUAUGUUGGCAGUGCUCAGUUGCAAGGUAUGUGUCGUCCGCUCACACACGUUGCUGUUGCUAAAUGCUGUUCAGGCAUGUCUCUAUUAACAAGAGGGGGAGAGCUUUUGGAUUGGAGGGAAUCUCAGCUUCUGUUUCAUCUGAUUGGUUAUGGCCGGUGGCAAGGUAAAAAUAGAAGGAGUGGAAAAUCCAGCAUUUCUCGCAUGUCAUCAGAAGCCUCCUUUUAACCUGGGAUAAAUGCCUAAUGACCAGGGAAGAAGGCUCUUUUAAGACAAACCCCCGGCAAGUUUUAAACACCGGGGGCAGCGGGCUUCAAAAUAAAACCCAAAGGGCGCACUUGGUCUCAACGUGAACGUUAAAAUGAUUACUUUAAGUGAAAAAUUGAUACUGGAUUGUAGCAAAGGGAUCUGCAAAGUUGCCCAGAUUCUUAAGAGUGGACUUGGCUCUCCAAACCUUUGUGCUGUGAAGCACACAUCAAAGCAGAAGAUAGUUUUGAAGUCAGGUACAGAUUGCAGGCUGCUUGUCAAGUUUCAUUAUUUCUCUGUGUCCAUUGAAAAAUUGUGUGUUGAGAGGGGUGGGGUGGGGGUGGUGGGGGCUUGUUUCUUGCCAUAAUCCUUUUGAUACAUGUUCAGUCCUCUGCUCUGUUACCACUAAUCCAUAUUCAGAGCUUGUUUUGGCAAUGGUAGCUGGAAUACUUGCUUCCAUUCCGUUUUGUUGCUGUAGCAUGUCAGCUUUCUUAAAAAAAAAAAAAAUUAAAGUACCACGAACAAACCUGGCUUCCUUCUGUGUAAAUCUUGUAAAAUGGUACUUAGUUCUAAGAAUGUUGUAAAGUGUUUAGUUUGGCAGACAACUGUUUCCUGAGGUCUUUUUUUAAAAAAACAAAAUAAAAAAAACACACCCUAAAUGACUGUAAUUUUCGGUUUUGUGCCAAAGGUGGAAAGUUUACUGUCGAAAGUACCAAUUGCAGUAUAAUGGUAUGGGAAUUUUAUACAGGAGCAUCGCAGAACAGAGGAGCUCACUGCUAGAAGAGCAAUGAAACCCACUACUAUUAAGAGAGUGUCGUUGUGUCAGGAUUGUUGGUGAUAUGCUUUGCUCACUCAUCACUUCAUUACAUUACAACGUUAAGGGGUUCCCCUCCCCAUCAGUUUAUUUAGAAUUUAACUAAUUUCGUUAAAAUUAUGAUUGGCAGUUUGUUUGAAUCAGUGAGGUGGUAUUUGGCUUCAAAGAAUCAGGGCUGUCACCCAAUUAAAUAAAUCUUUUUUAACUUUAUGAUAUUGGUUGACUUACCUAUGAUUAAUCAGUUAAAUUUGCAUAUGUAAAAACAGUUGUGAAGUAGUCAUAUACCAUACUAGAUUCUUUUUCCUGUUCCACCUUUUUCAUAUGAUCUUAGGAGAGUCACACUCUCUUUUCUGAGAGAGCACAGAGAAUACCUGUUCUAGUGGCCAUUUCCAGCUUACAUAUGUUUUAAACGCUGCUCAAUUAAUGGCAGUGUUAGAAACUGAGAUAUGAGAGCUAGGAGCUAAAUGGCACCUUAAACACGCAAUGUCUAGGUGUGCUUUUUUAUAACAGGAAUACAAAGCUGAAAAUGAAUGAAUUGCAGCUAAAAUAUUAUGUUCAUUUUCCACAUGGUCUCAGAAACUGCUCGCACACAUGGAAUUCCCUGUCGCAAAAUAUGCCUAGAACAAUGGGAGUUUCGAACACUGAUUAAUGGGUGGUAGUGGUAGAUUUUCAGGCAGUUUUAACUGAUUUGUCUACAUGGGGGUAAGCCCCAUUGGGAAUGUGCAUAGGAUAGGGCAUGUUGCAGCCCUCAAAAUUAUAUUUUAUGUAGCAAACCCAGUUGAUUGCAAGAGCAUUUCUAGCUCCGCAGCAACCUAUUUUUCUGACUGCAAAAGAUAAGACAAGAGAAGAGAAGAGAAGCCUCUCUUCUAAAACAUCAAAAUACUUGAUGCAGCAUUCCUAAUUUACUUCUGAUCUAGGAUGGGAGAACUAGGCUCAAAGGAAUUGUGGUGGGCGGGUGGAAAAUGCUAUUUGCUUUCCUUACAGAAACCACUAGAGGGAGUAAGAGAGAGAAGGCAGUGAGCUGAAUUUUUCAUUCUGCCGCGUGCCUCCCUCAGAACUGCUUUGUGCACAGCUAUUUUCGAUGCAGAUAUUUUUGUGCAGAAAAACGACAUAUACAUGGCCAUGCAUGCAUUUGAAAAAGGCACAGUUAUUGAACACUCAUGUAGGUAUAAAAGUACAAGUACUUUUAAAAAUACAGCAAGGUGCUUUAUGCAUGGAUAUCUUUCACAACGAUCAGUUUCCCCAAAAUUGGCAGAGCUUCUUCUAAACUUUUAUAACAUGAUUGCUUGUUGACAAAUGCGAGAUGGACUAGUGCUGGCUCCACCAUGCUAGGAUGGGAGUGAAUGUUCUUUUCACAGAGUUCGUUCUUCUGCCGGACACAUUUCACAAAGAGCACUUCAAGGAAAUCUUCUUCAGAUUCUUGUACUGUGGAUUUCCUAGUAAUUGUGGCAUAUUCAAAGAACUACUGUUAAGAGGAAGUUUCUGAUCCUUUAAAAAAUGCUGUAUUUUUAUAGUUCUUGUAGAAAUCACGGGGGGGGGGGGGGCAAAAAGAAAGAAGGUGCGUAGCUCCCCCGGCUGGUCAAGUCCAGAGCUUUCUGUUCCAUUGCAUUUUGUUAUAAGAAGGUUGUAUAGAUUUUGCACAUUCGGCUGUGUUCUGUUUUGAAGUGCCCAAGAGUUCUACAGUAGUGCAGAGCACAUGUUGACACAGGGAAACAAGCGCACGCUUUGUAUGGAACACUAGGGUGUGUGUGUGUGUGUGUGUGUGUGUGUGCGGACAUAUGUGAUCAUGCAUCUGUGCAGCCUGUGGAGGACAGGGGAAGAAAAGAGUAGGAGGAGGCUCAUCAAAUACAGUGGUACCUCAGGUUAAGUACUUAAUUCGUUCUGGAGGUCCGUUCUUAACUUGAAACUGUUCUUAACCUGAAUCACCACUUUAGCUAAUGGGGCCUCCCGCUGCUGCCGCGAGCACGAUUUCUGUUCUCAUCCUGAAGCAAAGUUCUUAACCCGAGGUACUAUUUCUGGGUUAGCAGAGUCUGUAACCUGAAGCAUCUGUAACCUGAAGCGUAUGAAACCCGAGGUACCACUGUAUGCAACUUUAAAGGAAGGGCGAAACAAGUGCUAUGAUGUGGACUCGAAGACAACACAGGCUUCCCUGUGCCCGUCGCCAGUCAAGUGCACCUCCAUUCUGAACCCUUUUCCCUGGGGAGGCUGCACCUGUCUUUUCAGGGAGAUUACAGGUUGUGAGGGAAGCAAGCAUACUGCCCUUAAAGAGCCUUUUUAGCGACAGAAAAAGUGGGUGGUGGGGUCAAGCGAGUUGGAGUAUUGGUUGUGCUCUAUAUGCAGUGCAAGGAAAAGCAGGUGCAAGUGUCUUUUAAGGACAGAAAGGCCUCAGGAACUUGAUGAGGAGCAAUGAACACAGGCGCCUCUGCAUCUCCCAUCUGGACUUCCCAGUGCAAAAGGACCCAGAAUGGAAGACGGGUGCAAUUCUGCACAGGGUGCAAUCCUUUCCCAUUUGGCCACCUGAGGUGAAACGAGAAUUACCACACCUGCCACGUCCCAGUUCUCGCCAAACUCUGCAGGAUCCUGAGCGCUCCUCCAACUGUUGCCACUCGCUUUGUUUCUCCGCCUGGGGUGGGGAAGACGAGCGGCAAAGCUGCGCACCAGAAUGCCUCCCCCUCAGCGGCAGAAGUGGUGUGGCUCUGAUACUGCCUCAUUGAUAAAUGGUCACAUUCCAGUGGUGCCCUGUGGUACAGAGCUCCGUGUCGCCUUCAUCAAUUAUUCUGAAAAUUGAAGCAAACAAGGCCAGGGGAGGCAUGUCGAGACUUCUCAAAAGGUUGCCCCAAUGAAGAGCUCCAGUUGCUAUUUUGGUGUGUCCAUGAACACAAAAUUGGAUGCCUGUUUCAAACUACUAUGCACUUUCCAUGAACCACUGUACAGCAACUUUCCCAUUUAUUACAUCCCCAGCAUAUUAGGGUGCAUGUUUUCAUUGCUUAUGGCAGCCAGUGCAAAACUCUGGACCAUCUUUCACCCAGUAGGGUCCAUCACUGCUCUUAUACUCUGUCUUAGCUAGCCAUGGAAAUAUGCCAUGCUGGCAAGGAUAGCAUUCAAUAUAAGGUUGCUUCUUCUUCUUUCUUUUUUGCAAGAAGUUGAUAGUGGCACAGUGACCCCCUAAGCACUCCUGUGACAUGGUUGCUAUUCCCAUCCACUAAAACACUUGUGCAUGGCUAUCACACAUGGGCUAGACACAGAUCUGGAUAAGGUUCAUGACCUUUCUUUUAUUUAUGUUUCUCAGAAAUGAGUGUGCAUUGAUGCAACAUGACUUGAGCCCUUUGCAGUGAAAGAGUUAUAGAAAUAUAAGGGUGCAUAUUAUUUAUUCACUAUUGCAUGAGAAAAUUCAUGUUGUAGUGAUAAGUGGUUCAAAAUAGCAAAGGGUGUAGCAUGUGUUUCUGAAGUUUCAUUCCAGGCCAGCAGAAUUUCUACUGAAACUAUGCUGAAUAUGUCCUGAAUUAUUUGGGACUCAAACUUCUUCUUCUUUUUAACUAAGUGAUUAUGUAUGGUUCUAAUACGCAAGGGCUGACGAGAAAACUGUUUGCCUAGACUUUGCCAGCUGAUAAAGGGAAUUUGUUUAGUGUUUAAAAUUUAACCAGCUGCAUUUCAUCUCAUGCUUUUCAUGAACUCUUAACUGUACCUCAGCUGCUUCAUUUUAAAAAAAAAAUAUUUUUUUUUAUUUCUCCUUUCCUUUACAGCUUUUACACUUCCAGAUCUUUCAGAGCAGUUUUCACCACCUGAAAAGGCGGCUCCUCUUCUUAUCAAGUUAGUGGAAGCCAUUGAAAGAAAAGGUAUGCAUAUGGUGGCAUGGGGCUAGAAUAUAACUUUGUUGUGUGCCUGGUCAUUUGGAUUCACCCCUUUGAGCUUCACAUUUUUGAAUUGCAAAUGGGAGGCCUAAAUGUCAGGAGGCAUAUCAGGUCAUGCGUAGUCUUGCACAAUACUCAUGUGCUUGCUUCCAGUGAUGUUGGAAUUAUACCCAAGGUCCAUAAUAAUAAUAAUAAUAAUAAUAAUAAUAAUACAGUCACGUGCUGCUUGAAUUGUGGCUACUUGGUUUAUUAAAGUAGUAAUGAAGCUUGAACAGCUUGCCACCUCAUAACUGGCUGUUGAGCUAUAUUGAAAUGAAUAUGUAUUACCUAAAGACAAAUUUGGAAAAGCCCUAGAAAUGUGAAAUGUUUUCAAACAGGUAGCAAAAACUCUGUCCUUGAAGUGAGUAGUUGAUCCACGGGUAGGGACUGCUUGGGAGCAUUAAACCAGCUUUUCCCCAACCUGGUGCCUUCCAGGUGUUUUGGGCUACAUUUCCCAUAUAACCCAACCAAUGAACGGUCAGGGAUAAUGGGAUUUGUAGUCCCAACAACAUCUGGAGAGCAUUAGGUUCGGAAAGGCUGCCUUACGGGGGCCCUGCUUCCCUCAGGUGUGAGAAGCCAAGGCACAGUGUUUGGGUUUACUUUGAAUGGCGGGGAGUCCUGGAGAGUAAUAAUGUCUUUUGUAUUCCCUGUUUGUAAACAAAUAUACCAACAUCACACUUUGGAGGAAAAAAACUCAUAAGGCAAAAAGCACGAUUGCUAAGGCUGUGUCAGUUUCUUAGAAAAAAGAACAGCCGUCAGAGUGCUUCAGUGUUAGUAAACUUCAGUAGAAACUCUCACUUCUCUGUCUGUGUGUGUCAAAAUUCAAACUUGCUACAAAUCUUUCUUUGCCCUUCCCAUUUGCUGAAGAAUGUUGCCAGAGGAGAGAAAUUUCCUCCCAUCAUGAAACAUGAAUUUUCCUUCUAUAUUUUGACUAGCAUUUCUGUUACUGUACAGUUCCCAUCCCAGCAUGGAUUUAUUGUGUAUGUGUGUUCCUUUCUCCAUCUGACUUCUUCAACUGGUCAGCCUCACCUCCGCAGUGUUAUUCCAUAGGUUUAGAAGUUAAAACAGGACUGACUAUUGGUGCAGGUUAAAAGGCAGAUGGUUUGAAGGUUGUUUGUUUGCAAUCUCUUAAAUGUAGUUCUUGCACUCAUGACUGGUUUACUUUAAAUGCAGCCAUUGUUAAAUGUCACCAACUUCAAACACUUCUUAAUGAAAGGAAGGAGCACCUGUACUGAGAACGGCUGUUUCAAAAUAUACAGGCAAUGAGUUUGGGAGGGUUUCUUAAAGGAUCAUGCCAAACUCUUAUGCUAUUGAAGCAUCUUCCACCAACUAACUAUUAAAGUUUUGUUUUGUUUUAAAGUCAGAACUGAUCAUAGAUCUUCCAUUUCAUGUUUAGUUUGGCCCUGAUGCAAAUUUCAAAGUCAAGAAUUUGGAUAAGGUAUAUUUUUGUAGUGUGGCUCAGCUAGUUGUUUGCAGACAUGUCCUGCAUGGGGUGCAAUUAGAUGUGAGAGACUAAGAAUGUAAUUACAGGAGCAUGUGCAAACUCCUGCUAUGCAGUGGCAUUUGGGUGAAAUACGAUGUACAAAAAGCCACAGGAUUUGUUUGAGGGUGCUUGUUUCUUUGUUUUAAAAACCCAAUCUGCUCUGUUUUUAAGGUUUGGAAUGUUCAACACUGUACAGGUCACAUGGAUCAAGCAGUACUGGUGAAUUGAGACAAAUUACUGAGUGUGGUAGGUACAAAUAUUAAUAGAUUUCAGGGUAAUUCACAUGGGACAAAUUAAUUUAACAUGUAAAACUUACACAUGGCAGAGCAGUGUAUUCCACUGGUAUUCAGUUACAAUCUUAGUUUUCACUGACCCCGUGUCCCAUUGACUUCGUAAAUUCCUGGGAUUAGGCCUACUUGGAAAUAUCUUGGUCGGUAAUAGCUUUUAAGAAAUAUGAUUGGCUGAGGAUGCUGCUAUAACCUAGGUUAGGUAAGGUAAGAUUUAUGCAUGGCUUCCCCACUAAAAGAAGUCUCAGAGCAGUUUACGAAGAAAGUGAGAAAUACAAUGAAAAAAUCAUAUAAACAUUAUUAAAAGAAAUAUAAGAACACAAUAUCAUAGUGUUGGAAAUUCUGAAAUGCCCAGGAAAACACAAGGAAUAGAACAAUGGCAAGGUUGGUGCCAGUGGGCCUCCCUGGGGAGAGAAUUCCCUAGGGACCGAUCCAGUAUAUCCAUCAUUAUUACUGCUUGAGCAAAACAUGAGAAAUAGAGCCUUGUGUAAUCAGAAUAUUGAUGAAAACAUGCUGUAAAACUCCAGAUACAACCAGUCUACAGUUGUUCAAAUCUUCUGGGUCUGAGGAGGAUUUCUCUUGGACCUGAAAACAUAUUUUUAAACUUUGCAUCCAUUUAAUAAUUUUGUUCUGCAUACACAGAUCACACACACACACAUGCAUAUAUGUGUAUAUGCAUUUGAAUAUAUAUCUGAAAUUUUAGAGAUGUAAAGUAACUUUCAGUGCCAGCCAAUAAAACAUUUUCUUGUUUUCACUCUGGCCUUAUCAUUGGUUAUAAUGCUUUACUGUGCUACUGUUUACACAAAAUAUUAGUAUGUAAAACAUAGCUCAGUUAAAAAUACCUUGAACUCUUAGAAGGCCUAAAACAGUCUACUCAUAUUGCCCCAUUAGUGAGAGGUAUAGCAAAGCAACGAAGUCUCCUGGUGGACUUUGGACAGAUCUCCUUGACUGGAGUAUACUUUUGUAUGUUAUUUGUAUGGUGUGGCAAUGUAUUUUCCUUAUCAUUCAUGAUUCCUUGAAUGGUCUUACAGGUGACUAAUGCAAAGACAUUCAAUAUGUUUGUAAAGGUUCUUGUUUAUUAUAUAUUGCUUUUUUUAAAAAAUGAUUCCUCACCAGUGUGCAGAUUCGCCAUGCUCUCUCUUAGCGGCCUGUUGCCAUUACUUUCUGUAGACAAACUUGGCAUUAGAGGGGGGCAUGGGAUGUGAUUGCCAAACUUCUUACAUUAGGAAGCGGAGCUUUUACAGUACGUUGUCUUUCUGCAAUGUCUCUUACAUGUGUUCUACAUAAAUUUUAACUUCUGUGGAAAGCUCCUUUUUAGAUAGUUUUAAAAGGUAUGGAGCCCUAGGGGAGGGGAGUAAGAACCGCACAUCCAGGCAACAGAACAUCCAGGCAACAGAACACCCAACUGCCGUCACUAAGCAGCUCAGCCAAUGCACAGUAGCUCCCUAUCUGCCCUUGGAUAGUAUAAUAAGACCUAUAGCCCUGUAGGAAAUUGGGGAUAUGCUACCCCAGAGCAAUGACUUGCAUGAAACCGGGUAGAAGCAGCCUCAAUGAUGUUGUGUCGCAUGUUAUUUUAAGUAAGCUGCCUUCUGGAUCGAAAUAAAUAAAUAAAAGCACAUUUUGGGUGCCUUGUUUGCUACAAAUGGUUCAUUAUAAACCAAAUUGAGAUGCAAGCAUUGCUUUCUGUUUUGCAUGAUCAAGAAAACAGUAGGGGUGGGGGCAGGCAGACUGAACAUGCUCCAGAGGCAAAGCAUGACUGGGACCUGUCUCUCCCUCUCUCAGAUUUUUCUGCAGUGGAUUUUGAUGCCCUCGAUCUGCAGGUUUUAUCAGAUGCUUUGAAGAGGUACUUUGUGGACUUGCCAAAUCCUGUCAUUCCAGCAUCUGUUUACAAUGAAAUGAUUUCCAUAGCACAAGGUAUGAACGUAAGCUCUUUUUUUGCAAAUGCAGAAUUCAUUAACAGUGGUCAUUUUUGUUUCCUCCGAGGGUAGGUUAUGGGAGGCUUAAUAUACCAAAAAUCGGACCUUUAGACAAGACUUGCAUACAUUUUUUGAGCCCUGCAGAAACACACACACAUUCCUUUUGGAUCUGCUUUGUACACAUAGCAAAGAUCUGCCGCCCAGUCCUGUUUCCCUGGCACACGUAUCUAGUUGAAAACGUUUGUAUGUUUGCAUGUUAUGCACUCACCUUUCAUUUUCAUGUUAACAAAAUCUCAUGGAAUUUUCUUAAAAACAUAAUGUACGAAGCGGUUCUUAGUGUUAAGAACUCAUUGUGACUUGGCAAGUACAAUAUUUGUACAAACCCUGGUUAACAAAUCAAGGAUUUGUCUGUAUGCAGAAAGAGCUAAUUGUUAACCUUUUAUCAGUACUUGCGAGGUAAAUGUAUUAGAGUAGACAAGAUUCUGAAGUCCAUUCGCAAUUCUGGGAUACAGUGCAAUAAAUAUGCAUAGAUAAGGCCCAUCUCUUUUAGUAUUGAAUUCAGGCAGUAGGACGCAACCUGUUCAGUGGCAGCCUUGAUAGUUAUUUGCAAAUUCUAGGGACAGGAUAUUGCUGCUAGUGUAACCUUCAAAGUUACAACAGCACCUCCGAUGCUUAUCAGCUACAUCUCAGAAUUACCCAAUCAUGUAUGAUACUAAACAGAAGACAGACUUCUACCAGCACACCCUGAACGUUUUGUGGCUUUUUACCAAAUGAUACUCCUGUUUCACUAUGACUUUUGUAUAGUUGAUGCUUUUUUCUGUCCAUGCUUACUAAAGUUCUCAUCGUUCAAGAGAAGAAAUAAUUCAUGUCUUCCUGUAAAACUUGUUGUUGAAUUACACGAACCUCAUUAGAAAACGUUCAUUUCUUUGCAGAAGUGCAAAACUCAGAGGAAUAUGCUCAAGUGCUGAAGAGGCUCAUCAGAUCUCCUAAUAUACCUCAACAGUAUUGGCUCACACUCCAGUAUCUACUCAAACAUUUCUCCAGACUUUGUCAGAACUCUACCAAAAACCUUUUAAAUGCAAGAUCCCUAGCUGAAAUUUUCAGCUUUCUGCUCUUCAGGACCCAGGUAGCAAGGUAAGGUGUAUGCAUUUAUUUAACUUACUUAUUUAUAAGAUUUCUUACCUCCCCACCAACCGUAAGGUACUAGGGUGAGUUAAUAAUGAGAUAGUAUUUAAUAAAGUUUCACUCAAAGUAUAUAUAUUGAAAUUAAUGGCCCUAACUUAGUCAGGUUCAUUAAUUCCAGUGGCUCUACACUAAGUAAACCUUAGUUGAAUGCCAGCCAUUUAAUCGUGCAGUUAGAAAACCAAUUACAGUUGCAAAAGCAAGUGAAAUCAUUUGUAUAUGUGUCUGAUAUUAUUCAGAAUAUUCAACUUGUUCAGUGCAUGCUACCUUGUUUUAAUAUAAGACCAAUAUUUUUUUACAGCUCUGACAGUCCUGAACAUCACAUAAAAAUCCUGGAAGUGUUAAUUACAAGUGAAUGGAAUGAAAGACAACCUGCACCAGGUAAGGAAAUCUGGAUUUUGGAAGCAUUUUGAAGUAUAUUUUGGAGAAGGCUGUACUUGUGGCAUUUUCUUACCCUCUGCCUUUAUUAUUAUGUUGAAUUGGGAAGUCUGAGGCAAAAUGGUUUUGCCUUCUCUGAUGGUUAACUUCAGGUAGCAAUGGGCACAGCUGAAAACCAAGUAGGCUACUCUGGCAAGCCACACUGUCCAUAAGGCAGCUAUGGGGGAUCUAGGGCAGUGCACGGGAGCCCUUCUGGUAUGCAAUUGUACCUUCCUGCUUGCCUUGUUUUCUGAUUAAGCACUGAGGGAAACUCCUGUGUAGAAAUAUCCAAAGAUAAGAUACACAGUCGUAGCAUGAGCUGGGUUCAAAUGUCACCUCUGCCACAAACUCCCUAGAUAGAUUUAUACAAUCUACUGUGCUGUCCCCACCCCUGUCUGUAAGAUAAGGAUGGUAAUCUGUCAACCAAUUUUUCCUUGCUUAAAGCCAUAUGUCAUCACAACGCAGAAGAGUAUGGCUUACCAUGGCUCCAUGAAUGUGCUGACUCCCAGUGAGGAGCUUGCACCCAUUUUGCUCCUCCCUGUGCCUUUUUGGCUCCUGCAGGAAAGGUUUGGCUUAGGGUUUUGUCCAAGCUCAGGGUCAAGGUUAACGUCACUCUCCUGAAACCAUGACCUGUAACCAUAGGGCAGACCUUGGCACUGCACUGACAUAAUGUUGGAAAGAACCUUUCGCUGGGGGAUUUUGUAUACUGUGGACAUUGCAAGGUGUUCUUUGGUGACUGAUGACCAAAUAAGCAAACUUUUGGCACAUACUUUUCUUUAAAGCAGAUUUAAGGUGUUGUCUGAAAAAACUGAGCGCAGUAGAGGCUGUCUCAGGAACGGAAUGUGAAGUCAAACAGAUGUGAUUUGGGUGUAUGAGCAGAAUUUUAAAAAGCAAUAGUCGGUUGAAAACGGAUACCCAGAAACAAAUGGGAUGUAUUGGUACUGGGUAUGAAAACUGUGAACUGUAAGGGAGACACAGAGAUCUAAAUAGAGACUGUUAUUUGUGGCGCAGCAUCCCUUUUGCUUGUAUUUAUUUUUGAUUCAGAUUUGUCAUGACCAAUGGCUAGCACAGUAAAGUUAUUUGGAUUGGAUUGGAUUGGAUUGGAUUGGGUAUGAUAACUGUUGCCUGCUUUAGAGAGCUGUUGUAGGGAAUUGUGAAAAAAAUGCAUGUGAAAUCUGACGGCAGCUUUGGUCGUUGAAUUGACUUGGUUGGUUGACCCUUUUUAAAAAACUGGAUUAUGAAAACUGCAGGCACUCAGUUCUAUCUUGGAAUAGACACCAAGUGUCAAAGGAUUCUUCCAAGAUGGUACCUUUUGAAUCAUAUCCAUGCUUACUCCCCCUGCUCAAACCUUGUUGUUGUUGUUGCUUUGUGAGGAGAGGGGAGCAUCAUGGCUUCAGGGGAAGAGAAGGAAGGAAGAGCCUCGUUUCAGGAAAGGAAAUUCACCUGCACUGUGCUGUAUUUCACCCUAUGUUUUUAUUAAGGAAUAUUUUAAGUACAUUAUCAAUUGACAUCACUGUAAGCUGUGCAUUUAUAGAUUUCAGUAUAAUCCUUUAUCACAACUCACCUGUGCUUAGGGAAAAUUACUGAGUCUAAGUGAUUUGGCUUUAAAAACAUAAUUUUAACUCUAUCCCCCCCGCUCUUGGCAUCCCUUACUCUCACUUUAAGCCAGUCUACAUUCUGAUGUUUGUCCAGCAGAGGGCUCCCCUUCUAAGCUAAUAAUAAGCAAGGCUCAUAUAAUUUUAAACGAAUAAAAUACCUUGCUGAAUUGUGAGUCCCAUACUUUGUCAGUGCUUCUUAUUUUGUAUGUGUUUUUUUUUUGGGGGGGGGGAUACAGACCCCAGUGAUUUCCUUAGUGUAAACUAAGUAACACAGACAAAUAUUGCGGUUGGAAGUUGGGUUUGUAUUCAGCCUCUGCUUUUAGAUGCUUUGUGAAUCCACUCUUUCAAGCACCAUCAAACAAGUAACCAAAUUGUGCAAGAUGUGGUAAAAUUCUGGUUUUUAUGGAAGAGAAGAAAUCAAAUUGCAGGCACAAUGCACAAUCCUGCCCCUCUCUUCUGCUUUUUGCAUGCAGCCUUGCACACGCAUGAACGCAUUAGCUCGACACACUGAGUUCUGUGUUUUUGGUGCCAUCUAUAGGGGAAGAACUAAAUCAAGCCCAAAUUAAAUAUCAGAUACUCCUAUAAGUUUAUAGGGGGGGCAGUGAAUACCAUUCCUGUAUUCUAAGUCAGAGUAGAUGGGAAUGGACUUUUCUAUAAUCGUUGAAACAAUAUCAUAAAAUGGAGUCAACAGGUUUCUGUAAUUAAUAGCAGUUUCUGUAAUUAAACGUGAACAGUUUAAGCAGAUUGCCGUUAUAGUACUCAAAUUACAUUAAAGUGGAAAACAUAAAUGUGUGUCUCUCCCCCCCCCCCAAUUAAUUUUCUGUUCCCCAUUAAAUGAACCAGAAGCUUAUUUCCUUUGUGGUUGUAUAACAUUUUUAUUUUUGUAGUCAAAGGCAAGGAGAUGUGAAGCUCAUAAGGAAGUAAAAUCUCCCAAAAUAUGUUUAUGCCCAAAUUCAGGACUUUUAAUGCAGUUUGAUCCCAGACCAACAAAGAUUGAGAAUACCAGUUGGUACCCGAGAUGCCCAAAGUUGCCAAAGUAUACGUAUAAGUUAUUAUGGUCAAUUGACUAAUAAAUCCUGAUUUGAUUGAUUGAUAUAAGCAGGCACUGCAAGCAAACAGAGGGGCUGAGUUUCAAGUUUAAACUCAUGUAACUUGAAAGCUCUGCGACUGUCGAUGUACCCAGGUUGAAGGUAGCGGGCAUUCAGGGAGGGACUGGGGACUUCAAGUUGAUAUUAAUUUGACUCAGCAGUGUGGGGCUUCAUUUUAUGGGUCUUCAAACACCACCUGUCGUUGUGGUCCGGUGAAAGUGUGUGGAAGGUGAUGCAGUGAAUGCUAACAAGCUUCUUCUGCGCUUGUGGGCUCUCAGAGACGCAGAACUUUACAAGGAAGGCUUUCGUUCUGUUUCUCUCCCCCCCCCCCCCCCAGCUCAGCCACUUCCUGUGUUUUGCUGCUCAUAAUGCUUUUCUUGACAGUCAUGUACUUCACUUCUGCAUGCAGCAGCCAGCUACAGAGACUAUUUUAAGGCCACUUACAAUGGUCUUCUCAUUUACUUGGCUAAAAUGAGACUGGGUUAGUCUUGCAUUGGCCACUUGUUAGCCGAUGACAACUCUGACUUUGACUCUGCCUACCCUCCCCCCCCCACCCGCCUGAAAUCUCUUGCUCAGCAAAUAUUUGAACCUGCCCAAGUUAAUCAUGAAACCGAGAUCUUUAUCUCAGAGAGACGUGCAAGCUACAGAGGACUUUUUUUUUUAACUACUAAAAUCAGUGAUGAAAUAGAGGUGAGCAGAUAGUCUGAGAAAGCCACAAGAAGUCAAUUCUUUCUAAAGCGUAAGAGGACUUGGAGGUUUUUUUAUUUAUUAUUAUUAUUUUGCACGUUGCUGCUUUUUCUUCUGGAAUUAAGGAGCUAGAAGACACUUUUGGAGACACUUGAUUCUUGUUGCCUUCGGUUCCAAGGAUAGUUUAUUUUCUUGAUAUAUAUUGGUACAUGUAAAUUCUGUGGAGCUGGGCAGAGGCCAUCUACAAUCUGGCAUUUUCAGGUUGUUAAAUGCAAGGGUGACCAAGUGCCAUGCACAGUAUACAAAGUAAGUGACUCACUCUCAUUCUCUCUCUCUCUCUCUCUCUGUAUAUAUAUACAAUCUUUAAAUGAAAUGCAUGUGAUCGUAUAUAUUAUGUGUGUGUAUGCGUAUAUAUAAAUGCAUGCAUAUAUGCAUUGUAUAUGCAUACUUUUACUAUAUAUGAUCAUUAGACUAAUCAGCAAGCUUUGAUAGUUAAAAUGUGAUUUGAGUGAAACUUGACACCUGUUCAGUUAUCUGCUGGAACAGUGGAAAAUCACCUGUCUGUCAGUGUCUUGCCUGUUCUGGUUUUCCACAUCGUGUCACAGCAAGCUAGACUAGUUUGGGUCAAGCAGUAACCUGAUCAUAUAAGUGUGGCUGUUCCGGAGUUUAGCCAGUAGUAAAACUUUUGGUGAGGGAGUGUACUUACUCUUCCCAGUUUUGCUGUUAAAAGCGAAUUGAGGGGGGGAAACAAAUAAAAAAAGACAGCGACUGCCUCGUUGGGCUACGGGAGCUAGCUAUGUGUGCUCUUUCGUCUUUCAGAACCUAAUUUAAGAAAUGUACCUUGGCAACAGAGCUGUUUGGAUAGCAGGUGGGCUAAACCCUCAAGUUCAAUGUUUGGACUUGUGUCUGGGACUGUCUGAAGUGUCCUGUUACAUGAGGCAAAUGGAAGGAAUCUCUGGAGCAUGUCCACCUAAAGGGUUGUAGAGGAGGGGGAGGCUACUGUGGGAUGGGUUUAAGCAUGGCUGUUGCAGGGCAACGAGUGUGUGCAUGUUUUUGCUGCUGUUGGUGCUGCAACCAUGUCCUUACAUGCUAGUACUUGUCUUGAAGGAUAAAAAUGGUCAAGAGUUCAUUUGUAUGUGCAGUGCUUAGAAGAUGUGAGUUGGCUUUCAUUCGUGGUGUUCUGCAAUGCACAUCACCUAGAGUUCCGGUAUAAUAAUUGGUAAGGCAACAGUAGUACUAAUGAGUUAAAUAUUUUCCACGUCUGGCUUUCUGUGAUGAUAAAUGUGUAAAAUAUUGGAAUCUCUGCUUGGUGACAUCUUUAAGGAUUUUUUUUUUCUGAUGCUGAGUAAGAAAUCACCUUUUAAAGAAAUAAUAGGUCGCUUUAGCUGUGAGAGAGCCUGGAGGAAGAGACCUGAGAAAAUAUCCAGUCUAAAGCAGAGAAGGCUGACCAAGAAUUUUUGCUCUUCAGGAAUUGCCAAAAUGGCAAAUGCCCUGAUGACAGCAGGUCAAAAGAAGCAGUAUGAACUGCUUCUGAAAUAUUCUGAAAUAUUCUGUUGUAUGUGUUGUAUUUUGCUAAGCAUUUAAUGAUGGUGGGCUUGAUUUAAUUAACAGGAAGUUGUUUGGUUUUACUCAAAACAGCAAAGAUAGAUUUUGAGUUUCUACGUUUUGUGAAGAAUUAGACAAUUGCAUUUGCCAGCUUUCCUGAAAAAGGGCAUUUCUUGAAGGUUAUUAGUACAGGACCUUGUGUUUUAAAGAAGCAGUUGGUACCCAGACUUGUGCAAAAUGGGCACUUGAUAAUAUAUCUGGAGCCUCCGAACUUUCCUCUUGUCAGGCUUUUAUUUAAAAAACACACCCAUAGUAGAGUCAAAAUGUGCAUGGAAGGAUUGCAGUCAGUCGUAAACCCUGCUAGAGAACAGAAAGCUGGGACAGAGAUGUGAUCUCUCUGUGCACCAAGAAAUCUACUGUAUUGAAGGAAAACGCUUCCUGCUGCUGCUAUCAGCCUUUUGUCAACCUGCCAGCAGUGGAAUGUACCAAGCAGCAGACAGGAAAGAUUAAAGGGGGGUGGGGGUGGAAUCAGUGUAAACUGAGAACAUGUUCAGUCGUCUUUAUAAAUACAAUCAGGUACCGAUCACAAUUCUAUGAAGUGUCUAUUCUUUCUGAAAUGACAAUUGUUAUAAGAUUAACAAGGAAUAAGAGUUGGGGGGGGGGGAUGAAACAGGAGUGGUCCAGUGACAUUAUUUUUGACAUGAUUGGCUGGGGAUUAUGAUGUAAUAGGUUACAGUGCAGCCCCUUAUAGGUUUUAAAAUGAAUUCCAAGACACCAUUACAAAGAGAUCCCGACUGUUUCCUUCUAAGUGAGCUUACUCGCUGAAACUCGUACAAAUGUACAACACUGUCUGGAACAUGGAAGAACUGGACAUAGACUAUCCUAGGACAGAUAUAAAUUGUGGCACGGAUUUGAUGUUUUACAUAGAAAUGGACCCGCCAGGUAACAUUGCAGCAUUAUUGUCGGAGGCUGGCAUAUUCUGGAUGCCACAAAAGCUGCUCUCAGAGCAGAACUGGGAUUUGGGGGUUAACUUGCUGCUGUUAAGUUGCUGAAUUAAAUUAUCUUUAGUGCAUGGGGGGAAAAGACAGCAAGGGUUAUUGUUCGGAAUUCUCUUUGGCUUGCUUAAUGAAACUAAUUGUCAUGUGAUUUCUGUUUUUAGUUUUUUCCUCUCACCUGUAGGUCUGUUUGUUAUACUGUACAGUAAAAAUAGCCCUGCUUUGUGUGUCUUGAUGUCAGGCAGAAAAUGCUGUAAAAAGCUGCUUUUUUCUCAAAACAAUGACGGCGUUUUAAAUUAUUGGGCACUGUUAUUAAAUGUUAGGUGCCACCAUUUCUACUUUCAUUUAGCACAGGAUAGGAAGAUCAAUGGGCUGCAUCAAACCUUUGAAAAUACAGCAUUCAUUUUGAUGUGCAUCUUUCUCACAUGCAUUGUUGUAGAUAAAUGAGAUUGGAGUUUCCGUUAAAGUAAAUAACUUGAUUUAAUUUUUAUUUAGUCCCGAUUCCCCACCCCUACCCCCAUUUUUAGCUAGUAAGCCAGAAAUCCUGCAGUAUCUUCUCUGGCACCCACUGGUGUCUGCAUGCAGGUUUGACAUUGAGAAACAGGACUGUGGGUUUUUGAAAAAUCAGUAUUGCCGUUUGGAGCAGUUUUAUCCUAUAGAAUGCUAAGAUUAGAACCAGGGAUAUUGGGGUCACAGAUGGACUCCUUAAAGUGUAUUUUGGCAAGAUCAGAGGAUCAGAGAAACCCAAUUCUUUCCCUAUAGCAGUGCUGUGUAAUUUUCCAGUUGUUAUUAGCCACAGCGGUGUUGAAUCUAGAAAGCAACGUAAUUCCUCUUGGAUGAUUAAAUCAGUAUGUGUCUGUAAGCGUGUGUGUGGAGUGUAGCAUAAUUUUAAUACAUCAAAUGAUAGAAAGAUGUGAAUACCAGGGAUGGGAAAUGAGGUGCAAAACUUCAGUUCAUAUCUUUCCAAGUCCAAAUUGCAAUUUGUGCUACGAUGGGAGUGGGGGGAGGAGCUCUCCUUGGCUGAGAGCACAGGACUUUUAGGUAACCAAGGCUGCAAUCAUAUGCACACUUAUCUAGAGGAAACCAUGUUGAAUGCAGUGGGGCUUACAUUUAAGCAGAUGCAUAGGAUUGUGUUGAAAUUAUAAAUGCUUACUAAAGGAAUUAAGCUUGUUUCCUGGCAGGAGAGGGAGAAGUUUCAAAAGCAGUGCUGAUUAAAAACAAAUAAAUGAAAUCAAAGCUGAAAUAAUUUUCUUCUUCUCAAUGGAUUUAAGUUGGUUGUCAUUUUAGAACGUAACCUACCUGUACACAGCAGGCAGUAUAAAUAUAUAUGUAUUAUUGUUUUCAUUUGCAGCACUGCCUCCCAAACCUCCAAAGCCUAAUACUGUAGCAAAUAACGGUAUGAACAACAACAUGUCUCUGCAAGAUGCUGAAUGGUACUGGGGAGAUAUCUCAAGGUAAGGACACCUUUUAUCUUGCUAAUUAUAUAUGCACAUUUUUAGCAUGUUCUCUAUUUGAUAGGAAAUGUUUAAAACAUUGAAGCACAGGUUUCGGUUGCAGUGCUUUUAAAGAGUUAAAAAGUAUAUAUUUGCAAACCAGAAGUACAAAACAUGCCAGAGCUAUAUUCUGUUAAACAUUUCUCUGUUGGUUACUUACAACAGGAAACAACUGUUUUGCAAACGUAUCAAGAGCACCAACGUUUGUUUUUACAUCUAAAACUCUUUGAAAUUCAUACCAAAGAAUAAGAAUACAAUUGCUUGCAGUUCACAUUUUCGUACAUACAGGAGAGUACAUACAAGUAGUCUAUUACUGAGUUCUCUUGCUAUAAACUUAUUGGAACAAGUGGGAAGUCAUUCUUGGAAUAACAGAACUUGGCAGGUUUUCAUAUGAAAACUUCCUCAUACUUUGACUGUGCUGAAUAAAAAAGAAAAAGGGAGAAAAUACGUUAGUAGUGAAAGGCUAGUAUUUUUAGAAGCUAAACCAGAUGUUGCUUUGGUCCCAUCACAGGGAAGAAGUGAAUGAGAAGCUUCGUGACACAGCUGAUGGCACCUUCUUGGUACGAGAUGCCUCCACCAAAAUGCAUGGGGACUAUACGCUUACACUAAGGUAAAUAUCGUUGCAUCAUCAUAUUAUUUACUGAAGUGCAUUUUACAUGGCUGGAUUUAAGAAACAUUUUCCCCAUUGAAUUUUAUUUACAGGAAGGGAGGAAAUAAUAAAUUAAUCAAAAUAUUUCACCGAGAUGGGAAAUACGGCUUUUCGGAUCCAUUAACAUUCAAUUCCGUUGUUGAGCUAAUAAACCACUACCGGAACGAGUCUUUAGCCCAGUAUAAUCCAAAGCUGGAUGUUAAAUUGCUUUACCCGGUAUCCAAGUAUCAACAGGUAAAAAAAAAAAAAAAGAUUUUCAUCUCCUCUUUUGCUUAAGUACAAAAAUAUUGUAAGAUUGUCUCCUAACAAAAUGAAUGUAUGUGUAUCUGUGAAGGAUAGGAAUUGGGGUGGGGAUGGGGGUAUGGUUACUGUUUAACGUAACAUUUAAGUGCUCACUGACCCUAACCCAUGUUAACCUCAUCAGAUUCAAGAGUAGGUUUUUGCGUACAGGGAAAAGCUCAUGCCCACUCAAUCUGUUAGUCUAAGUUGCCAUGGGGUGUUUUGCUAGUACAGACUAACACAGCUCCUCUUCUGGAAUGUGCACUGUUAUCUAAAGAACUGUCUCAUUUAUAAGUGGAUCUGCAAGUCUUGGGUGUGCAUCUGGAUGCAGUGGUAGGCUGGAAAUGACCAAGACUGAGACUGGAUCCUGGAAAGAUAGAGACCCUGUAGGUGGGCAUUCCCGGGUCUGGGAAAAUGGCCAUUGGCCUGUUCUGAAUGGGGUCACAUACCCUUUGAAGGAGCGGGUUCAUGGUCUGGGGCUACACAUUGAUACAACCUUGUCAUUAGAUGCUCAGAUGGUAUCAGUGGCUACACGUGGCCUCUACCAGCUGUGAAUGUUACUGGGCAGGUACAAUCUGGCCACAGCAGUCCAUGUACUAGUAACCUCAAUGAGUGCUGCAAUGCACUAGAUGUGGGUUGCUCUUGAGUUUGGUCCAGAAGUUCUAAUAAUGGUGCAGAAUACUGCUGUUGCUACAGUGUUGGCAUCUGCUGUUGUUUUUGUAUAUAUUUUUACUUAUUUUUUGUUUUCUGUGCACAGCUUAUGGUAUUUUUGUAAUGUGAGUAGUUUAUAAAUCUGUUAAAACAAAAAGUUGCUGAUCUGAAUAGUGGUGCACAUUUCAGGAGCUCCGUAAGUGGCAUAAGCAAAAGAAACACCUUGGACUAAUAGGCUAAUCACGACACGAGCUUUUUCUUGUAAGCAAGAAGAACGAGCCGUUGCAUUUAAUAAACGCAUAAGCUCAUUCCACAAUAAAAUGUAUGGGGUAUACAUCUGUUUUCGGUGGCAGCAUUGUCAUGUGCAGAAUCCAUGGACGUUCAUUCAGUCAAAAAUUAUUGGCUGAUUACUGGUGAUGAGGGGGGCUGCUGCAUUAUACAUGCCUGUCUCUAGACCCAACCCAUUGCAUUGUGCGAAACAUUAAUGUGUAAGAAGCCUGGUCUUCAUUGGACAUGUAUCUCCAUGCGCUUGUCUUUCCAGGAUCAAGUGGUUAAAGAGGAUAGCAUUGAAGCAGUUGGGAAGAAAUUGCAUGAAUAUAAUAUCCAAUUCCAAGAGAAGAACAGAGAGUAUGACAGACUCUAUGAGGACUACACAAGAACAUCUCAGGUGAGUAGUGUGGAAUGUCUACCAUGAACUCAGUCUAUAAAGCACUCUGCCACAGUGGGGCCUCUUCAUUUCAGUAGGAAUUAUAACAGGAGCUACGAUGACCUUUGAGUGCAUGUUUUGAAAGGACGAAAAGUGUACGGUUUGAAUAGUGGAGCAGCUUGCCGCUGUUUCACUCCUCAUUUGCUUGGCCAGUGUCCUGCUUGUCUGGUCACAUCCAGGGGCACUAGCACAGUAGUAAUUAAUAAAUUUUACAGUAAAGAUUAUAUGCUGUUUGAAUAAGACAGCUGGGCCCAGCAGGAAAGUUGACAUUAUCUAUACAGACUAGAUUUUACUAGUGUGAGUAAACCGCUCUGUUGAUAUGGGAGGAAUCUUCUACUUCUUAAAGAUUUGGAUAUGCCUUUCUAAAAAAUAUUAUUUCUGGGUUAUAGUAACACUAUAGUUUUGUGUUUUAUGUCUGCACACACAACUCACUUGUAAUUUUACUAUACCUGGUUUCGGACUAAUGCUUAUAUUCGUGGUAAUAAUGACUUCCCCAGCAAGAAAUAUGUUUUAAAUAAUGAUACUCUAUUUCUUAUCAGAAUAACAUAGUUGCACAGGUAUAUGAACACUGUACUGUUAGUACUCUUGAAGGACUUCAACUUAGCCACUGGAGUCAGGAACAGUAUCUAGACUGGACUUAAUGCUUUAUGGUACUGUCACUAGUAAACCCUUGGUUUUAGCGUUUAUUAUAGCCAAAAUAAAACCGGGAAAGCUAACCAAUUGCUCAGACGAACUCAAUAUUAGAGUAAAGUGUUCCUACAAUUGAAAAUAGUGAUGAUGCUGAAGUAUAUAUUGGGCUGGAUCCAGCCUGGAAGUUGAACUAAGUUCCUAUUGAAAUCAGCAGACCUACAGUUAGGAACAAAACACGACUUAGUACACAUCCAGCCCAUAGUAUAUAGAUAUAUAAACGUCUUUAUUACCUUUGCUGUAAACCUACAAGAAUGCAGUGAACAAAUGAUGGGAUUGAUAGAACUACUUUAGAUGUGCCCUGCAGAAGUUUUGAUCUUUUCUCUUUGAACACCUGGUUUUGAAUGUCCCUGCAGUUUAGUUUGCCAUGUGGUGGUGGUAGUGGGUUGAGAGGCAGGGCUGCUGUUCAAAAAACACACACCAGCCUAUAGCAUCCUUGGGCACAUAGAACUAGUUGCUUGGCUCCUUGGAGCUCAGCCAAGGCAGGGUGGUAGCUCAUUGGUGGAGCACAUACAUCCUUUGCCUGCAGCAGGUCCUAGGUUCACUGGCUAGCAUCCUCAGGUAAGGCUGGAAAAGACUCCUCUAUGAAACUGUGGAGAUCCACUGCCAGUUAGAGCAGACAGUACACAGCUUGCUGGACCACUGGUCUGAUUUCAAUACACGGCAACUUCCUGCGUUCUCCAAGUUGAUUUCUCAGGCAUCAGAAAGAAAGACAUGCAGGCAACCACCCUUGCUACUUUACUGGCAUUAAAAAAAAAAUACCCUAUCACAAAUGUGCUUCAGGUAUAGAGCAUCCAGCCCCUUUCUGAGUUUUGCAGAAACUGAAUUUGCAGCUUUUCUCCCCUCUAGGAAAUUCAAAUGAAAAGAACUGCUAUUGAAGCAUUUAAUGAAACCAUAAAAAUAUUUGAAGAGCAGUGCCAAACACAGGAAAGAUACAGCAAAGAAUAUAUUGAAAAGUUCAAACGGGAAGGAAAUGAGAAAGAAAUACAAAGGUUGGUAGCAGUGUCUAAGAUUUUUAUAUUUAAAGUGCUCUAAAGAAACUGCAAGCCUGAGCAGUGCGUUAAGAAUCUACCUAGACUCUAACAUGCCUAAUUUUCCCCUCCAGAAUAAUGCACAACUAUGAAAAGCUGAAAUCUCGAAUCAGUGAAAUUGUGGACAGUCGGCAUAGACUGGAAGAGGAUUUGAAGAAGCAAGCUGCUGAAUACAGGGAGAUAGACAAACGCAUGAACAGCAUUAAACCAGACCUUAUACAGCUCAGAAAGACCAGAGAUCAGUACUUGAUGUAAGUGCCUAUGAGUUGCCAGAUUUUUAAGUGUACUACUUCAAUUUGAGUCCAUUUUUAAUGCGUAUUACCAUGACUAACUAUGCCUUCAAAUUUACUUUUCAGGUGGCUGACUCAGAAGGGAGUUCGGCAAAAGAAACUGAAUGAAUGGCUUGGCAAUGAAAAUACAGAAGAGUAAGCAUCCAUAGUCUUUUUGAGCACUUGUAUUACGUCAGUUAAAUUAUGACUCUAUACAUUUUCAUUGAUGGAAUAUGAAUCUUGUAGUGUAGGGACUGUGAUACUUGGUCUCUUCAAAAAGGCUAGCUUGGGCAUCAAUUUUACUUUUUGGGCUAGUGGAGAGCUAAGAGUUGAAUCCUUAGCAAUUUCAUAUUUUGUAAAAGAGGCUAAGGUGUCUGAUUCUCCCACAGCCUUGAUACCACAAGGUGGUUAUCCUUUUGUCCAUCUUAAUCCUAGGAAAGUAGAGGAGAUGGUCAACCUUUCAUCUAUUUUUCUAUCUACACAGAGGUCUGUGGCACCUCCUGUUCUUUUCAGUAAAGAGAAGCUCUCAGUUUACUAUUACAAUAGCAACCACAUUAUAUUACUAUUACUAUUGAACCCACAAUAGUGAUUUUGCAGUAGCUGCUAAAGCCUUAGAGCAAGUAAAUGUGAAGGCAACAGGGUUUCAACAAACUUUGGGUGCUAGCUCUGUUGGAAAGGUAUUUGCUAUGCUGCUGCUGAGCAUUCCAGAAUGUGUUUUCAGUAAACCAGCAAAACAAGGCAGAUUCUAAAUUCAUAGAGGAAUGCUUUUAAAUAACACCAAGGUGAGAUUGGGGGAGAAGCAGUGGGGGUUUUUUUACUCCCUGUUAGCAGGAACAGUCUGCAUUAAUCUAGGACUUGCUCCACUUUAUUUAUAAGACAUAUUUGUGAUUAUGGAUCGCAAUCUGUGUUUUGGGUGAAUGCAUAGUCUUGUUUGAAAACCAGAGCCAUCUUAGCGGACCCAAAGCCAGCUCAUGUUGAACUGUUUUGUGCUGACAGCAGGGCAGCACCAUUAGUGAUGGCAGUACUUGAGAACUUCUCAGUCAUGUUGGCUUAGGUCCAGGCUCCAUUCUCACUGGUGGGGGAAGGGAGAUGGCUUACCUGUUCACUCCACAUUCUGUCACGCAGCCUCCUUGGCAUUACUCACAUUGAUCUAGACAGUUGGAAGGAGACUUUCUGCCCAUGGAAGGCAGUCUGGAUCCAACCUGUUAAAAAUAAUAAUAACUGGGUUGUUAUCAUAAUGUGAAGCUGACAAGAAUCCUCUUCAUCUUAUUUUGUUGCCACAUGGCAAAAGUUGUAGGCAGCAAUUUGUACAUCCUGUAGACUCCGGAAAACAAUUCUGUAGUUUGUGUCUUACAAUAUUUGGAAGACAGUCAUGAUGAUUAGGAAAUUGAUUUCUUCUCAACAAAGCCUGAAUCUUGCCCUCAUGUACAGUCGCACCUCUUGUUACAUCAGCCUCCGGUUGCGUUUUUUCAGGAUAUGAACGCAGCAAACCCAGAAGUGUAUACUUCCGGGUUUCGCCGCAUGCGCAUAAGCGCUCUGUGCAUCUCGCCCAUGUGUAGAAGCGCUUUAUCAUGCUGCAGACAUGUGCAGAAGCAGCGCUCUAGUUGCAGACUGUUUGGGGUGUGAACAGCAGCCCAGAACAGAUCAAGUCCGUAACUAGAGGUACCACUGUAUUUGAGAAUGCUGAUGGGGCCAACGUUUGAAGUCCUCAAUUAAAUAAUUUGGGUGGAAGUGUAAUAAAUAUAUUAAAAGUUAAUUUCAUCUGGUUCUUAACUAUUACAUGUUGCUUCUCCUCCCAAUAGGCAAUAUUCUAUGGUGGAAGAUGAUGAGGAUUUGCCUCAUCAUGAUGAGCGAACAUGGAAUGUAGGAAAUAUCAACAGAGGCCAAGCAGAAAAUUUGCUGCGUGGGAAAAGGGAUGGCACAUUCCUUAUUCGGGAAAGUAGCAAGCCGGGUUGCUCUGCGUGCUCCGUUGUGUAUGUAUCCAAAUGUUUUACCCUAUUUCUAAAGAAGUGGGACAUGUAACAUCCUCAGUUCCAUUAAAAAUUAUCCAUCUUGCAACACUGGGCAGAAUUCAGCAUCACACUCUUACAAUUGUUCUGUCAGCAUAAGCAAUGACUUCUUGCCAGAUGGAACAAACUCUCCUAUCCCUGUGUGCUUUUCUGGGGGAUCUCCCAACCUCUCCAGAGCCAAUUGGGCAGGAGGAAGGAGAGAAGGGGAACCCUCGCUGUUCUAGUGGGACUCGCAUUUGAAUCUGACUAAUAAUGUUUGAGGUAACUGGGAUAGCUCAGUUGGUAGAGCAUGAGACUCUUACGUUCAAGGUUGCGGGUUCGAGCCCCUUGUUGGGCAAACAAUUCCUGAACCUCAUGAUCCCUCCCAAUUCUAUGAGGAUAUUGUCCUGAAUCUUAAUAUUUUAAUAUUAUCAGUUACCAACAUUUGUGGGUCUUUUGUACUCACCUAUGUGCUCUCCUCCCUGCUUAAUCUCUCUUAGUUAUAUGCUUAUCAGCUCUGCUGGUGGAGAAGACCCCAAUAGCCAAUGUAAUCUGCUUGGCCGUGCUCCCCUCACAAUCCCAUACUUGUUUGCUUGAGUAGCCAUGUUUUUUAAAUGCUUACUCUGCCAACCCAAUAUGUUCUGCACUUUUAGGCCUAGCUUCACUUCUGAGUGAAGGCCGGUUGUUGACAUAAAGAUGUGCAAUUAGUGACUUGAACACGAAUUAAAGUAAAAAUGUUCAAACUUUAUUCAGUGAUACAAAAUGUUUUUGAAUAAGAGUGUCAUCCUAUACAUGUUUACUUUGAGGUAAGCUCCAUUGAAUUCAGUGGGACUUCCAGGGGUGUAUGUAUAGGAUUGCAGCCAAAGUUCAAGAAAUAUUCUGAGAGAUGUUGAAAUUAUUUCAGAGAAAAAGGGAACUUUAGGUUAUCUGUAUGUGGAGCUACAAAAUAAAAAAAUAUUAUUAGUUAAAGGCGAGUGGAGCAGUGGGAGUAAUUUUAGGUUAUAUAGUAAUAAUGGAGCAAAGGAUUUUUUUAUUUUCUCAUUUUAAGGAUAGCUUAAAAUAAGAAGGAUGUAUCUUUGGCAACCUAAAAAAAAUCUUUCUCUCUUCUUUUAGUGUGGAUGGUGAAGUGAAGCAUUGUGUUAUCAACGAAACACCUACUGGGUUUGGAUUUGCAGAGCCAUAUAACUUGUACAACUCGCUGAAAGAACUGGUGCUACAUUAUCAACACACAUCGCUAGUGCAACACAAUGACUCUCUCAACGUCACACUAGCCUAUCCAGUAUAUGCACAGCAGAGGCGAUGAAGAUGUUAAUAAUACUCUGGGGUUUGUCUCUUUCUAUUAAAACACCCACAAAGAUCAUUCAACAAUCUUGAUGCCUCUGGGUAGAGAAUGCUCUUGAGUUGGAGCUAAAGUGUCAAAGCCAUCUGUCUUCAGAUGGGACUGAAGCUUUCUUCGCAACCGCAGUGGGAGAGAAUGCAGUUUUAAGAGCUGCGAACACACAUUUCUAAUCUAAAGUGCUUUCUUUUUUAGAGGGGAAAAAAAAACUAAGCAGAAGGCAAAACACAUCAAAAGAGAAGUGCUAUACCUGUCUCCCUGCAGGGACAUAGAGGCCUUUAACCAUGGUGCUUGCUGACCACCUCGUCGAAGCUUUAAGAGCUCAAAUGUGGGAACUCUGAAGACUCCAAAGUGCAGCAGGGGCUGUGUAAAGUGGCGUCAGAAUUUCUCCGUUGCGACUUGGGUGAUGUGGUUGCGCACAGAGGAUGCGGAUUGCCAGUUUUGUGGAUUGCUGGUUUUCUGGCGAAUGAUAUGUAGCAGAGCGGCACUUUCACGUUUUAAGGGACACUUUAGAAGACACUUUAAAACAGACGUGGGUAACAUAAGUGCCAGGAAGUGUUUUUGUUUAGACAUUUAAAUUCCUGUUUUAAGAAGAUAUUUAAGACUGAAUAAAACUGGACUUUUAUGGCAUACAGUAUAUAUAAUAUGUACAUAGUUCCGGAUGACUAAAUAUCUUAGAUGGAUACUGUCAAUACCAAACUCAUUCUGUUCACUAUUUGUUUCACCGAAAGCUAAAUCCUUACACUGCUAUGCAAUACUUCAUUUUCUAUAGGCUGUAUUUGUUCAAGUGUAACUAGAGGAUAAGCUUUUUUCUUUUCUUUUUUUUUCUUUUUGUCAUCUCAAAAUGUUCCCUUAAUACAUAUUUUGGUGUUAUUUUUCAGUUCGUUCAUUAUUUCCUCGGCCAUUUUUUAAAAAGUAAUGUGCAGGAUGCCAGUAAAAGGUGGUUUCAGAAUUAAAACUAUGAACUAUUUUAACAGGGUCCCCCCCCCCCCCGCCUCACUUUGUAUAGAGAAUUGGGCUUCUAGCUCAAGAUUAAAAUUCAAGAUUUUCCUUCUUGACUAAAUAUUUUGUUGGGCAGUGCCUGAUAAGCUUCAAAGCUGCUUUAUUCAAUAAAAGAAUAUAUGAACAUUGCAAAGUAUCACUGAGUCCAACAAUAUUGUUUGAAAAAUACCUUCAGAUUAUGGAAUCCCAAUAUAUUUUAUUGGGAGAGUUUUAGAUUUCUGUGCUGGUUCUGUUUGUAUUUGAAUGAAGACAAAUGUCCAUCUUGUUUUGAAUGCUGCAGAAAAACAGUCAGAAAACAUUGGCUACUAGGGUAGUUAAAUCAAGUUUAAUCCAGUUGAUUGACAUGUGAAAUUUUGACCAACAGUUCUAGACACUUCAUCAAGAUAUUUUCCAUAUCGUAUGGAAAAAUUGUUUUUGGUGGGUGGUUUUUCAACCAUGUGUGCAUUUGGCUUCCAUAUUUCAUAUUUUUGUGAAUAACAGAGUAUAAUUAGGAUAAUUUUAGGAAGCCCCGGUUCUGUGACACAUAUGUCCCACAAUUAAUCUUUUAUUACUUUCAUAUCUCUAUGGAGUAAAACAAAAAAAACAAAUAUAGUCAUCUGAAAAGGCAAACAAAUCAGGUACCAAUGGAUUAAAAGUAAUGAAAGAAACAUAAAACCUCAUUGUUCUAGUAUCUAACCAAAUUCUGCAUUUCUUGAGCAAAACUAUAAAAAUCAUAGUUGCGUUUUCUGUUUUACAGAUUAGUGUUAAGGAACUCCGGAAGUCUUUUUUUAUUUUGUUUUAGUGAAUAAGCGAAAAGAAAAUAGAUAUUGUGGAACUUUUUAUGGUUUUGACCCAUUAGGUAAUCAGUGCUUCUUAAAACAAGGCACUACGGACUCCUUGCAGAUAUAUCUUUCUUGUUUGGUAACACUAUGAAUAAAUUAGCUUUGUUCCCUCAGUCCUUUUUUUCCCCUAGUAUCUUUAUAUUUGAUGCUGUGAGGAGUUUGUUUAUCACUCGUUGGCUUUGCUAUUCUGAGGAAUGCAGUGUGUUUCAGAAAACUUCAGGGUUCGGUUCAAACCCCUUUGAAAGCCAGCUGGGGCUUUGCCAACCUUGAAGAAGGCUUUGGCGGGAGUUUGGGCUGACCCUGCAAGCUUAAAUCCGCUUUCACUGGAGUAGUCUCAUGAGAGUCAAUGGAAUUACUCCCAAGUUUACUCAGGUGGAAGUAGGCUGAGAGUCACAUUUCAUCUCAAGGAGCACUGAUCAACAAGAACUAUACCAAUUUUAAUCAGUUCCUUUAUUCUUCUCCACUCAACAAUAGCGGGGAGGAAACACAUGCAUUUUGCUCCAGUGAUAGUUCUUGGAGGGCAAAUUACAACUGGUCACUGAAUAGCAAGUAGUUUGCUAUUGUAAUAUGACCCGAAUGCACUUUGACAGAGAUAGUUGUGCAUCUGUAGGUUGGCUGCACCUGACGUAUUGUCAAACGGAGAGGUAGCGCUGCGAGUUCUGAUCACCUGUUUAAAGGGAAGAGAAGGCUAAGCGUAGGUCCAUUGGGGCAAAGAAAGGUGAUGCCUGGAUUCAGUCCUCACACCACCCAAACUAGCCACCCCAAUGAUCGGCACUGCUCAGUUUGACAGUAUUUGCUGUGCCAAUUUUGUUUUGGGAAACCACAUGUGCAGUUUUCGGAGCUGGAUACAGUGUCUCAGCCUUGGAAACUGCAUAGCAAUAGCCUUUUUAGUUUGUGGUCCCCAAGCUAGCAGUGGAUGCACAUGCAAAACUCUGCCUCUGUGCGUUGCCUCUCCCUCUCUGGUUUAGCAUGCAGAGACAGAACCAAACUUCCGAGCUACCAAGAUAAUUAAACUGGGUUUCUAGAAUAUGAACUGUCCUGUCUAUAUCCCGGUGCACCUAAAAUGAAUACAGCUACUACAGACAAAACAAGUUAUGGAUUCCUUAACUUGAGGCUUAGAUUUGUUGUCUCUGAUGUUACGUGUGUGUGUGUGUGUGUGUGUGUGUAAGGACCACAUUCUCACCGCGUUUUUCAGCAUGAAGUGAAACUUUACUCCCAAGUUUCCCAUGUAUUCAAACAACCUGGAAGGAGCAGGCUGGAUGGUGUUCUGAGGUGUAUUUUAAUGUUCGGAUUUUAUCGUUUUGUGUGUCGUUGGCUGCCCUGGAGAUUCUUUGUGCCAUUUGGCAGAAGAUGCAUUGCAAACAAAAUAGAGAAAUGCUGUUAACUGGAAGUUUGUAUAAAGGGGGAGUGCUUUCUUCUUGUUUUUUUUACAAGGAGGAAAAAUUGAGUCCAGAUCACUAUUUCCUAUUAUAAAAGGGAAAUGGAAGAAGUCUGCUGUAUUCAAUCAUGGUACUUAACUGAGCAUAUUUCAACGUCUCUAACUUUUAUUGAAAAAGGAACACACAACCUUCUCCACCCCUCCUGCCCUUCAGACUAGGGAAGAGUGAAUGAUCUGGAUGCACCUGAUUUCAAAUUCCAGCAACUUGGUUCAAAGACAGAGGGAGCUUGGAAAAGGUCAUGUUUCUAGAAUUUGUUUUAAUGUGUCAAGCCAAAUCUUAUGUUUCAGUGUCAGCUGUUAUGUAGAAAAAGUGGCUUUGUCAUGUAAUUAACAAUGAGCUUUGAUGCUUUGGGGAAAGGGGGGUCAUUCUGAUGUUUUUCAUUGAGAAGAACAUUGGUUAGUUUUAACACAGUGCUUUUGCUAUGCAUGGUAUUUGUUUGGGAAAGUGAUUCCUAAGGUGGCUUUUGUUCAGGAUCACUUUCAGAAUGGGCAGUUCCAAGCAAAAUGCCUCCCAUGGGACAUGGUUAAAAAUGCAAUAUUCCAUUUUUUAAAAAAACCAUACACACAAAGAAACCCCACAGAUCUUGUAAGAUCUGCUUUUAAAAUGAGCCAGAUACAAAAUUAGGAAAAGUUACAUUACCAUUUGUCCCUAUGAGACUGCAUUAGCUGCCCAACAUGCUGCUAUUUUUAUUCUUGGUUUUUUUCCCUCCUUAGGAAAAAAAAAUAAGCUCUGUUCUGUUAAAUGUCUUUAAAACAUUAAAAAUUUUGUUGUUUUUAAUUUUUGUAAGGGAGGCAGAAGCUAAAUGGAUCACUUUGUACAUUGCCUUUAAAAGGUAAAUGCACCUCCUUAAAAGAUGCUGGCUUUCUGAAAUUGAUGGAGCUGUGUCCUGUUUUUAAGUUGCUUAAAAAAAAAUUGUACUAGAUCUUCAGCCAGAAUAAAGAUUGUUUUGCAACUGCGCUUUAUGUGUUGAAUCCUCAAUGAGGUCAUUGUCGCAUUGCUGACUCUCUUGUGUGCUUGGUUUCUGAUGAUCAGCUGGUAGUCUAAAGGAUGGUAGCAUAUGAUUUCUCCCCAAAGGACCCCAAGUAUAAAGGGAAAAAUAAAUAUUUCAACUUGGUACCCCAGUAGAUUAGUAGUUCCUAGUGCAUGAGAUGGACAUACAUUCCUUUUUAUUUGGAUGGUAAGAGUAUAAUAUGACCUUCUGUGUGGUACAGGUAACUUGCAACCUACUCACAUGUAACUUGUGUGCACUCAGCUUUAUGCGCUUGGCAGAGAGUGAGAGAGAGUGCAGGGGAGAGUUCUGGGGGAAAUGGUUUAGCAAUCCCACCAGCAACUGAACCCAACAUAUUUUUACUAUACAUAUUUUUGACUUUUCGCGCAGUCCCCAGAACAUAACCCCCGCAUACGUUGAGUCGCCUGUAUUAUAAUAAAACUUCAUUCACACAAAUGGCUUUUAGGAUAAAACAGAUUAUUAGUGUCCCCUCUAGACUUUAGGUGGCAACCAGGUCUUGUGCUUCUCUUUUGAAACAUGAAGGACUUCCAAAAGCAGAUUGUAAUAUAAUCAUAAUAUAAUCAUAAUUUACCCCUCCUAUCUGGCUGUGUUUCCCCAGCCACUCUGGAUGGCUUGCAACGGAAUAUUAAAAACAUGGUAAAACGGUUUUUUUUUUUAAAUGAUAUUUAUUAAAAGUUUAAAAAUUACAG